CGUUGCCAAUCGAGAAAGCCCUUGGCAACUGUCUCCGUGCAUCUUGAGAGCAGAGCUGGGGGAUGCGGUGCAGGGGGCGGCACUGCCGGUGUUGGGGUGACAGGUAAUUAUUGAGCAUUAAAUCACCGUGUCCGACAUGGGCUGGGCCACCCUGUCUGGGAGUGGCAGCCAGCUCUGUGCAUGGCUCGGGGUAAUGGCCCUCUGCAAGGGGCUGGCUGGGAUGCUGGCUAUUGCUGUGGCCUGGAUGUGUUUAUCUGGGAGUAAAGCCAGGGUCCAGGCUGCAUUGCAGAGGGUGGGCUAGCAGGCCAUGGCUGGAGGCCAGCUGGCCCUCAAGGUGACAGUGUCACAGCUGCUGACCUGCAGGGUAGUAACUGUAGGGAUUGCUCUCCACCCAGGUAUCAGAACACUCAAUUUACACAGAAUUAGCCACUAAAUAAGGAAUUGUCUAGAAUUUAAAGUAAAUUUCGCAAUUUAGGCCAAAAUAGCCCAAAUGGAAAACAUGUCUAGCUUCACUUCAGCUACAUUAGCUUAACAUUAGCUUAAAUUCACUUUUAAAUCACCCUGAGAGUAUUUACCAAGCGCUUCCUGCUGUAAGCCUGGUACUCAAACACAAUGUGAUGAGUGGAGAUAUUUUAAUGUAUUUCUUUACAAGUUCUAAGGGGCAAAUGAACACUUUUUUAAAUUAACAAAAUCAGAGAUAACUGGAGGAUGCUACAUGUGACUGCAUUUCCACUAUUAUUAACUAGCUGACAUAAGCCUAAACCGUUUGAAACUUUAUAUAUUAAUGACAAAUAAAUUGCACGGUGUUUUGUACUGAUCAUGGUGAAAUUGUAAUUGGUCCAACUGUUCAUUUCAGAAGAUUAUAAAAAGAUGUUAUCAUGACCCUGGGGAUUUGAGAAGAAUUUAGAUUUUGGCUAUUCACUGGAAUUCUGCAGAAUUGACAAGGGAAUUGCAUAUAUAAGUACAAAAUAGCCAAGUUAGAAAAAUUGAUUAGUUGGAGAAUUUUCUAAUAAGCUAUUUUGGACAAAACAUUAAAAUUCCAAUAUUUUGGAAUUUUGCCAAGUGACCAUGUUUCGUAUGGAAAGUCCCCAUUUUUCACUCAAGUCUUCCGUCUCUCCUUUUUAUCUUAAUGUUCUUCUUUCAUAUGAGCUCCAAAUUGUUCGGACCCUCUGAUGAGUUAGAGUGGUGAAACGCGCAUCAGGGGUACUGAAAGCCACUGUAUCAAGAGUGAGCUUUUACCUGCAUUUCAGCCACUUUAUUAAAAGCGAUUGCCAAUCCAACCAAAUUUGGAAAACAGUUACCAGACAGGAACGAGCCUUCGGUUAGGGCUCACACAGAUGAACGAUUCUUAUCACCCUAAACGUCAGGGUCUACGCAAUACCCAGGUUUCCUCUUGCUGUUACACCAGUAACAUAGGGCAAGGCAUCACCCAACUAAUGCAUAGUGGCUUUUGGUUAAGGGGUGCCCUCGAAGGCACAGUUCUAUCAUAGGCAACUUCACUGAUACUUUCUUAUUUCAUGCACACUGGCCAGCCAUGGUGUUGAUAACGAUAAUUGUUACAAUAUCUUGUACCUAGAUACAAUCCUUCGUUAGCACAUCAUUAUUUGUAGCUAAGUCCAGCUCACCACUCAAGGUGAUCUCACAGACGAUUGUAUUAAGAGACCAUUCUCCUUGAUAGGUAUACUACUAUUUACCCCCCUUUGACAUAAUUUCUAUCUCUGUUGUAUCUCUGCUGAGCACGUCGUACUUGCACUAAAUUGAUGUUAAAGAAGUGCUCACAAGAUUAAUAUUCAUUUAGUGUAUGGUCCCCUUUUGUUUAUAGACGCUACUGAUUGGACAAGUUUAUUACCAUUGUUUUCCUGAUUCAUAAGGUAUAAAUAGUAUCCUUUUCACUAAUUCUAUUGAGCGAUUUACACCAUCGCUAAAUGGCACUGUUUAGUGGAUAAUUCCCUUUUGCAGGCCCUUUCUGUGUCCAUAUUGGCCUCUAUUUGUUUUAAUUAUGCAUAUAGUUGGGUUUUCUUUUUGGGUAAUUAGGACAAGUGUACUGCAUUUUUAAUUAUUUCCUAAAAGUUAAGUUUUGUCCAACUAAGCCUCUUUUUGUCUUCCCCUUCCCAAGGGAUAAUAUAUACCAUUCCCUAUCUCUUCCAAGCCUCAUUUGGGCUUCCGCUCCCUAGGGGGCUACUAUAUACCAUUUCCUUUCUUUGUGACAAUCUUAGAUUUUAGAACACUUUUCUCCCUCAAGAAGGAUAUUGACGACAGGAUAAAAAAUUAUCUCUUAGUUGUCAUCUUUCAACUUCUUUGCCAUAAACCAUGAGAAAUGACAGGGAAGAAUCAAACACUGGAACUUGACAUGAAAAAUGUUGAUGAUUCACCAGAUCUAGUGGAGUAUUUAGGGACAGGAUUUUGAGAAGGGGGAAAAUCUCUGGAUAUUUUUUAGCAGGGUGGAAAUGAAAGGCACUGGUCAAAAAAAGUAUCCUACACUGGCAUGCCACCUACAGGUCAGGACUUCUGUGUCUGCCAAAGGGUAAGGUGUCACAAAAAGUUCCGUACCAAUUGAUGAUUCUUUCUCAAAGCCAUAAGUUCUAUCCAAGGAAACACCCGUCUAUGCAUAAUAUCUUGGAAGACUUUUUUACAUCUUAAAUAUGCAUCAAUAUUAUUUGUCCCAGAAGGUAUAUUACAACCAGUCAUUUGAGAAUCUCUUGGGCUUAAUUUAGUGCAGGACAAAAAAAACUUGAUUAUCUGUUUAGUUCUAAUGCUCAGUUGGUUGUUCAGACACUACUAAGAUGUAGUUGGUUUUUUUUUGUUUACUGAUCAUUGAAACAGAAGGAGCUGAAGGUGGAGAAGAACCCUAUAGUCUGUUUGGAGUUUCACUAAAUUUUUAAGGCAUUAUGUCUUGAGAGUGAUGUUGUGUUACAUGCACUUGCUCAGCUCCCAGCUCCCAUAUCGCCUGACGUGCAUCUGUUGUAAGAAUUACCCACGACAUCUCUCCAGUGGGAAACCCAUGUUGAUGCUCUAAUUGCAUGUUGAUCAUCUAAUUGAUCUCUUGGCCCAAGAAGAGGCUGAAAUCAUCUGGUCAAUACUUCAGUUUGAUAAGUGCAAUAUAAAGGCUUCUUAAGGAAUUCUCAUCCUUUCAUUAGCCCUACAGUGGAAAAAAGUCUUCCCAGAAGACUUAUGAAACCUCUUGCCUAUAACUGUAAUAGAAAAGAACUACAGAAACCUUGCAAUAACAAACCUAUUUCCUACAAGCAAUCUCACCAUGGACCUUGCUGUGUCGAACUGAGUACCUAGUUACACGAUUGAAUCUUAAGGAAUCACUUGUCUUUUUCCGUAAUUGAAAAAUUAAACAUGGGUUUGUAGGAUCCUCAAGACAAUGUCUCAGUGAUUUCUCUGCCAGGAUCAAGAUUGUGUCCAACUAAUGAAACUCCAUGCAGAAAAAUCUUGGCUUUCAAAGAGACCAGAAGGUUAAAGAACAUCCUUGUGGCCAUGCUCAGACUGGAUGGUAGUGCUCUGAAAACACAAAUUUCAUAAAACAUUCUAAAAAUCUUAUUAUGAACUCCUCAAUACUGUAUACACAAAGUGGAGCAUUUGUGCACCUUAAAUGUAUCUUUUAGUUCAGAUUAUUUUUACGGUAUAUGAAGUUCAGUAUGCUUAAAGGACCACUCUAGGCACCCAGACCACUUCAGCUUAAUGAAGUGGUCUGAGUGCCAGAUCCAGCUAGGAUUAACCCAUUCUUUUAUAAACAUAGCAGUUUCAGAGAAACUGCUAUGUUUAUGAAUGGGUUAAGCCUUCUCCCAAAGCCUCUAGUGGCUGUCUCACUGACAGCCGCUAGAGGCGCUUGCGUGCUUCUCACUGUGAUUUUCACAGUGAGAGCACGCCAGCGUCCAUAGGAAAGCAUUGUGAAUGCUUUCCUAUGCGACCGGCUGAAUGCGCGCGCAGCUCUUGCCGCGCGUGCGCAUUCAGCCCAAUGGGAGGAAUGGAGGAGGAUCGGAGGAGGAGAUCUCCCCGCCCAGCGCUGGAAAAAGGUAAGUUUUUUCCCCUUUCCCCCUUCCAGAGCCGGACGGGAGGGGGUCCCUGAGGGUGGGGGCACCCUCAGGGCACUAUAGCGCCAGGAAAACGAGUAUGUUUUCCUGGCACUAUAGUGGUCCUUUAAGAAAAAUCACAUAAUGUAUACUGUUUAUAUAAUGUUUCAAAAAUAAUAUAAAGUUUCCACUCGCAAUAUUUUGAGCCACAUAACUUGGUUAAAGCGGGAAAAAACAUUGUUGUCCUAAAGAUUCCAGCUCCCCCCUUGUUCUGAUUAACAGCAGACUCUAUGAUUAUUUAUCAAUAUAAAAUAUAGAGAUUACAAAUAGUGCAUUAUGUCAGAACCUCCAAAUGGUAGAUAUAUUGAGAGCUUUCUGAACUUGCUCUAAAUAUAACUCGCAGUUUGUUAAUUAAUGGUAAAACUACCCUUUAUUCUAGUAAGCUGAGAGCUUUCCUUUAUUGCGUCAAGAAUUUACAAAGUAUGAUAAAAUCAAAACAAAAAUUGAAUUAAAGUAAAAGAAAUCACUGAGUAUAUAAACACAUCUUUCAACUCCUCAAAUGCAUUUCACCGUGUAUAAUCCACUUCCUCAUGUAUUUACUUCUUUGUAGUUUACUUUACUAUGGUGGGAGUGUAGCGCUUUACCAAGGGGCUUCUCAGAUACCUUCCAUUAACCAUCCGAUUUGGAGUUGUGUGUUGUUUAUUCAAUCAAUGGCAUUCAAAUUUAUGUCUCUUGAAUGGGAGUGCUUAAACAUACUGAACUAAGUGCAUUGUCUUGGUAACAUGAUUGUUCACAAACAUUCUGAAGUGCAUUACGUAUAUUUCAAUAAUAUCGAUCUUUUUACAUGAAAUAAUUGAAUGACCAUCACAGUCGUUCCUAUAUAAAACAUAAAGAUAUGCAAAAGGGAAAAAAUACAUUAAAUGUUUCAUUGAAGGGCUCAAAAAGCUGAGCAAGUAAUUUACACUGCCUUCAAUCCAGAGCGGUCUCCCUAGGCCUAAAGUAUACUAAACAGCAACUCAUUCUAAUCAGUAUUUCUCAAAGGAGACUGAACCGGGCUAAAGGUUAAAGGUGGCUUCGUUAUAGUAAAUUAAAUAUCUAAAUACAUGAGUGAAUUAAAUGCAUAGGGAAGAUUUAAAACCGAUUAUAAUAAGUUAAAUUCAUAUAAAAUAUAUAAUCCCUAACUCCACAUCUGUGUCUUUAUAAGGACUCUGUACUCUAUCAGGGCCAGACUGGCCCACCAGGAUACCUGGAAAUUUCCCAGUGGGCCACGGCAUCUGGGGCCGGGCAGACAGCUGGUGUGGAGGCGACCGGAGGGAGACCUGUGCUGUAUCUGCUCCCCCACCCUCGCACGCUACUUAAUGAGACCAGGGCAGGAAAUGACGUCUUAUUAAGCUGCUUGCUGGGGAGCAGAGCAGAGACCACACACCUCCCUAUUCGCACCACCACCCGCCCGCCCUACACGGCCACCCAACAUGCGGCCCGUCUGCUCUAUCCUCUGGCCGGUCAUCCAGUAAUGUGUGAGCCAGUCUGUCAGUGUGAGUGUAUGGGUCUGUCAUGGUAUGUGUGUGUCUGUCUGUCUGUAUCUCUAUGGGGAACGUUCAGCGCCUCCAUUCAGAGCGUGGAGGUGCUGAAUGUAGGUGAUGCACACUGUGCAGCACUGACACAGGACGCACCUCUAGUGACCGUCUGAGUGACAGUCACUAGAGGUGUCACUAGGAAGCAAUGUAAACACUGCCUUUUCUCUGAAAAGUCAGUGUUUACGUUGAAAAGCCUGCAGGGACCGGCUAUAGACACCAGAAUCACUACAUUAAGCUAUGUGUGUGCCUGCUAGUGACUGAGCUUGCUUGCAUGUGUAUGUGUGUGCCUGCUGGUGAGUGAGCUUGUGUGUGUGUGUGCCUGCUAGUGAGUGAGUUUGUGUGUGUGUGUGCCUUCUUCCUUGUGUGUACGUGUGUCAUUGGUUAUAGCUCUACUAAUCGGUGCAUACCACUCAUGAAUUCUGUCAGAUUGUUUUGGAACAGUUUGAUAAAGCCUGAGGUUCUCCACUGCAUAUAUAACCAGAUCCCUCUAAAGCGAGGUUUUAGAAGCAUAUCAUCAUAUCUGUUCCAUUGUAGGUGUGGCAUUGUGCCAAUGACUCGUUCACAGGAAAAAGUAAAGGGUGACCACAGAAUAUCUAGACCAUGUUUAUUACAAACUUUUCUGUAAGGAGCAUGUGUUUGUCAGUGAGCUUUUCUGUAGUGAGCAUGUGUGUGUGACAGUGAGCUUGUCUGUAGAAAGCUUGUGCGUUGCAGAGUUUGUCAGUACUACGUUUGUGUGUGUGUAUACCAAUUAUCUUGUCUGUGUGUGUCAGUGAGAUUGUCUGUCUGUCAAUGAGCCUGUGUGUGUGCAUCUGUGAGCUUGUGUUUUUAUGUCAAUGAGCUUAUGUAUAUCAGUGAGCUUGUUUGUCUAUGAGGCUGUGUAUCAAUAAGCUUGUGUGUGUCAGUGAGAUUGUCUGUGUCUGCAUGUAAGUAUGCUUACUGUAUAAUUAAAUGUUUUACUCUGAAAGGACCAAUAUUUAUAUAUUUAUGUUAUAUAUAUAUAUAUAUAUAUAUAUAUAUAUAUAUAUAUAUAUAUAUAUAUAUAUAUGUGUGUGUGUGUUUAUAUAUAGGAAUGAAGAAGAGUGCACUCUGGGGUCUGUAGAAAGUAUAUAUGCUUUUAUUCUGCACAAAUCAUACAUCAACGUUUCAGUCGGACUUUUCUCAAGACUAUAUCAUAUAGUAUAUGUAUAUAUACACAUAUACUAUAAUAUAUAUAUAUAUAUAUAUGUGUGUGUUUAUAUAUUACUCAAUCAGCUGGGAUGGCAAGACAUAGCCUUACAUAUUACAUGUGACAAUAUAUGGCGCAAUGACUUAUGGGGCUGGCAUAGAUUUUUUUUUUUUUUUUUCCAGGGCUGCUUUGUAUCCCCAGUCCGGUCCUGUACUCUAUAGAGUAUUAUCACCACAAAUCUAGCUCUGGCACAUCCAGCUACUACCUGAAUGAUGACAGAAGCAUGCCGCUUGGAGGGUUUCUCUUUACGAGCAGCCAUGUCCAGGAGCUUUCAUGGGUGGUGUGGGUGAACUCGCCACAGGACAAAGGCUAAUCAAACCAAUAUGCAAUGCAUAAAAAUAACAUAGUGCAAAAAGGCUGGACAUAUACAAGAAGGAGGGAGGAAAAGUGUGUUCUUACCAGUUUUGAGUAAGGAAGAUUUAUACUCCUAGAGCUGCCAUGGACAUCUCGUGGGAUGGGACCAGUGUUUUUUUAAUGUAGCUUUUGCCCUAAUAUUCUGAUGGUAGAAACGAGAUAUACAGCAUUAUAAUAUACUUGCACAAAAUCUUUGUAGAAUUUUAACUCUUCAAAGUUUGAUAGUUAGAGACCACAUUUAAUAAUUAACUUAAUUUCUCUUUCUCUUACAUCACUUUAAUUACAAGACUAAGACAUUGGCACAAAUUUAUUUUUCCGUCUGGCAUCUCAAGAAGAGGAAUUUAAGGUGCAAAAAUAUAGACAUUCUAUGGACCUAUGUUAGACACUAAUUUAAUGUUUUAUUGCAGGUUGAUUUGAGGUCUGGGGAAGUAGAGUGAGCUGCCAGAAAAUAAUCAUGUUGAGGGACACAAUGAAGUCUUGGAACGAAAGUUCUGACCUCUACAGCAGUGACCAGGAGGAGGAAGAGGAGGAGGAAGAAAUGAUUUUUGGUGAAAAUGAUGAUGACCUUGAAGAGCUUAUGGAUCUCAGUGACCUUCCUACAUCUCUCUUUGCAUGUAGUGUCCAUGAUUCUGUAUUUGAAGUGGAGGACCAGAAGGUAUGUAUGCGAUCACUGUCAAAAGAUCUAAGAUGCUGAGGUGAUUGCCUAAUCAUUAUAAAUCAUUGAUUAAUUUAUGGUUAAAAGAAGAUUUAAUCUAUAGUGAAAUGCUGUUAUAUACUGCUAGGAUAGUUAGACAGCAGAACAUUUUCAAAUUAUGAAAUAUUAAAUCUUUUACCUCCGUGGCAAUACUUAUUAGUUAAUUGUAGCAGCAUGUUUAUUUAUCAAAUUAGUAUGAAUAAUCUAUUGAAAUGUUGGAAUAAAAGUUGUCCUUACAAUUAUCUUUAUACAGCAUUUGUUCAACCCUUGGGUUGCAGGUUCGAAUCCCGGCAGGGUUGACUCAGCCCUUCAUCCUCCUGAGGUAGAUAAAAUAAGUACCAUAAAAUUGGGUAAUAGUAACAACCCCUGGAUGUUGGGCUAAUGUAACAUCCCCAGGAUGUACUUGAAAAUCAGAGUAAUCUGAAGUAUUUCCUGGUGAAAUACUUUGUUAAUAUUAUUUAUUUUGCAUUUACCUACAAUACCUAGGAGUCAUAUAUUUUUUCCAGUUACACGGUAAAUAAAGCAAGAUGUCUUAAAGCUAAAAAAAAAAAAAAAGGGUAUCAGUGAACAUAAAGCCAAAAAAUCCCACACAAAAGUAUUUAUUUUUAAAUGUACUUUGGAUAUUUUGAUGAUUUUAUGGCUGUUUCUUCUUCAGUUUUUGCCAAAUGUACUGAUUAUUUUUUUUUUGUGCCUUUCAAACACAUUGUUUCUUAUAACCUUCUAGGCCUUUUAUAUGCUACAUAAAAAAUGGUACUUCAAUAAAAACUUAAUGCCUCACAAGCAUAGGUUUUACUUUUGUACUUUUUGUACUGGGGAUUUUGACUGCUUAUUUUGCUCAGUCUUUCUCAGUUUGUUGAUAGUCUGCAGCUAAGGCAUUCAAAUUAAUCCUGUAAAAUUGUGUUGUUAUUAUUUCAUUUAAGUACACACACUAGGGUAUUUCACAUGUCAAAAUUUAUCUAUUUUGAUACCAAUUUUUCAAACUUUUUACCCAACACUGUGACUGGAGCAUUUGUUCAUGGUGUGUAUUCCAUUGUGGAAACAUUACCAAUGAGUACAGCAAAAAAAAAGUUUCACCUAGAAUUAAUUUGCUUGGUGGACUCUAAAAGCAGUAGGUUGUUUUUUUUUUAAAUCUUUUAAAAAAAAUAUAUAUAUUUUUAUUAUUACAAAGAAUUCAGAGAAAAGGCAGUGUUUACAUUGCUGCCCAGUAACUCCUCUAGUGACAGUCACUCAGACGCCACUAAAGAGUCCUGUGUCAGUGCUGCACAGUGUGCAGCACCUUUGUUCAGCGUCUCAACGCUCUGCAUGGAGGUGCUGAAUGUUAUAUAUAGAAAACAUGUGCAAUAUUCUCCCAAUGCAGUGCUUUCAUAUAGGAAAGUAAUUGGUUUAGCAGAGAUCUUAAAGAUUGAUUAUCUCACCCAUGAAGGCAGGACAGGCCGCUGAAAACUGGCAUAGCGUGGGUAAGAAAGUGAGUAAAAACACCUCUCUCGUGAUCGGAGGGGUGCAGGUACCUAAACAGACACAAGAAGACACACUCUGACACUGACACACACACACUGACGGAGAGAGACGCACACACACACACUGACGGAGAGAGACACACACUGACUGGGACACACACACACACACACUGACAGAGAGAGAGACACACACACACAUACUGACAGAGAGAGAGACACACACACACACACACACACAUUUUCAUUUGAAUCCACCCAGCCUCCCUACCUUUGGGAGAGAUAUAUUCCUGUUCCCGGCAUAAUGUUAAACAGUGCGAGGGAGCCGCUUGAUCCCCAGGGCGGCCGCCUGCACGCUCCUCCGGGCGACCGGUCGGCUCCAUUGUUCCUCUAUCCGGCCUUUAGCUAAAGGGCUUUAAAUCCCAAGCGCUAGGGCAAAAUUUCUAGUCGCAAUGGCGACCUGGCGCCUGGGAUUUGUUGAGCCCUGUCAUAAGGUAUAAGAAUUAAAAGCCCCCCAUUGGUGUCUGAAGCUAGCCGAUACCCAUUCUAUGGAGCAGUUGGAACCUGAUAGGACAGUCCACUGAUGCCAUAACCACACUGGUAGUCAGUUAGAUGAGUGCUGGAAUUACACCAUGAGACCCCGUCGACACCAGGAGCGGAUCUGCACCACAGUGAGAGAAAAGAGGUAAUUAAGUGGUAGGAUCAUGAUCCCGUGGCUGCUGUUCCGGUGUGCUAUCUAUCUGGGAAGCUGGAACAGGAAUUCCGCCAUCCAGGUCGCUGACUUUGCGUGAUGGGUAGCAGAGUGAAGAGCCUUGGAGGCCAGUCGCUACAGGAGUCACAGGCCCAGCAAGAUCCUCCAUAGGCAUGACAGGAGCUGAGUGGUAGCGUGAAGGUGUCGAGAGACCCUUCACGGCCAAGCGAGACAGGAGUGCUGCAAACAUUUCAUCCAGCUUGUGUAGAGUUGACCUCUGCAGCGGUUCAGCAGAGGGCCCGCGCACCAGUUCCGCCAUUUUAGGAGCAGGGUGCCCUUGGCUGAGCUGGAGCUGCGGAUUGUUGAGGUGAGCUCCUGGGACCGGGAUAACCCCUGCCGUUCUAGAGGAGGGGAUGAGAGCCUAUCUGCAAAGUACCAGCCAGCAUCAGUGGAAGGGGAGCGUCCGCCUCCACCCCAUUUCAGCUACCCUAGUGCCUCAGUGCUCGCUUAAUUAAUUCCGUAGGAAGAGACAUCCUGAGUGGCACCACCGUGAUCACUGCGGGUUCCCCUUUUGUGGGGUAACUGAGAUGCGGCAGAUUGUGCCUUCUAAUUGCAGGUAAAUGGGCAAUUUCAAAACAAAAUGCGGGAGCUGGAUAGGUUUGCGUCCGCUCCAGUCAAAGGUCAAGCCCCGCCCCCCAAGCAGUAAGUUCUUGUGAUCAGUUUAGGUUGUCACUGAAUGCACCAGCUUCAUUCUAAAUUGAUUGAUUGUGAAUGCACAUCCAUAUCCAAUGUACUUCAUAAGAAAAUUUAUAUUUUGGUCAGGUUUUGUUGUAUCAUAGAAGAGUCCUUAGCAUAGACGUUUGACACAUUUGUGUAGUCCAGAUUCACAGUGUUAACUUCUAUCACUAUUCACAGAAUGCGUAGGGUGACUCAUGUCGUCCCAGAAGUAAAUCUAGAGAUUGAAUAUGCAGUGACAUGGUGGCACAGGUUGUGGCUCACAUUUUGUAUCAGUGGUAUAAAAGUAACUUGUACUGCACAUUCACAAAACUAAACUAAAUGUACAAGCGAGGAGAUACAAGUUGUGAAUAGGACAGGAUAUAUAUAGGUAAAAAUUCACAGACUGAGUGAUAAGCACAUGAAGAGUGUAUUACAUAAGCUUGCACGAAAACGGCAAUAGGUCAAUUGUGUCCCUUAUAGGAAGGCAAAUGUCUCUCUCUGCCUCUGUGCAUUUGCUGUAAACCUCUACCCUUUUGUGCACAUACAUUUAUAAUAACAAAAGUGCCAGUUAUCUUUGCAUUACUAUGGAAGAAAGGCAUGAAGGCUUCUUGAGCAACCAUAUUUCACACAUUAUCUGCAUGUAACAGAAUAUUGCAACAACAUUCAUUAAAUAAAUACUACAGCUGGGCAUUUUCUUUUUGUAACUGAAAUUUUACGAAGGCCCAUUUAUAUUUCUCCAUUACAUUUUCAAGAAACAAAACUGUUAAAAUGUGGGUAACUAUAAUGCUGGUUUGUAUUUGUCUGUGCGAUCUUCACUUCAGUUUCCAGUGUUACACAGUUAAAUGUAAUUUACUAAAAUGGUAACCAUUUAACAAAAGAGCUACUUAUUUUUUCAGGAGACAUUGCGUGCUCAUACAUGGUGUUUUAUCUAUUUUUACUGCAGGAAAGAUUCAAGGCUUUAUUCACAAUUUAUGAUGAACAGGUUUCCUUCCAAAUGUUUAAAAGCUUCAGACGAGUGAGAAUUAACUUCAGCAAUCCAGAGGCAGCAGCAAGAGCAAGAAUUGAGCUCCAUGAAUCUGAAUUUAAUGGGAAGAAGUUAAAGUUAUACUUUGCACAGGUAGAGUACAAAAAAAACAGUUUUGCAUCUAAUAUCCAAGUAUUAGGCAAUGGUGUGUCUUUCAUGCUGCUGAGUGCCCUUAAAGGAACAUUAUAGUAUUAAGAAUACAAAUACUAUUGUGUCCUUGUCAUCAUUUUAGUGACUGCUCCCCCCCUCCCACAUGUUUGAAAACAGAGUUAAAUUACUUGUUCUCUCAUGCCAUGCUGUUCCCUCAAUGUCUGACUCUGCGUUUUUGGCUGAGAUCAUAAAUCAUGAUGAUCUCAGCCAAUCCAAUGCUUUUCCCAUAGCAAAGCAUUGAGUGUGCAUACACUGUGAUUUCUAUGUGGUUAUUUAUGCAGAAGUUCGACAGCCACUAGCCUGCAGAACGGCAAUGUUUUCACUUGCAGGGUUAAAGGACCACUCUAGGCACCCAGACCACUUCAGCUUAAUGAAGUGGUCUGGGUGCCAGGUCCUUCUAGGGUUAACCCAUUUUUUCAUAAACAUAGCAGUUUUAUCAAUGGGUUAAGCCUUCCCCUAUUUCCUCUGGUGGCUGUCUCAUUGACAGCCACUAGAGGCGCUUGCGUGCUUCUCACUGUGAUUUUCACAGUGAGAGCACGCCAGCGUCCGUAGGAAAGCAUUAUUAUUAUUAUUAUUAUUAUUAUUAUUAUCAUUUAUAUAGCGCCAACAGAUUCCGUAGCGCUUUACAAUAUUAUGAGAGGGGAUUUAACUAUAAAUAGGACAAUUACAAAUAAACUUACAGGAACAAUAGGUUGAAGAGGACCCUGCUCAAUCGAGCUUACAUUCUAUAGGAGGUGGGGUGUAAAACACAUUAGGACAGUUGAGAAUGCUUUCCUAUGUGACCGGCUGAAUGCGCGCGCAGCUCUUGCCGCGCGUGCGCAUUCAGCCGACGGGGCGGAUCGGAGGAGGAGAGGAGGAAGAGAGCUCCCCGCCCAGUGCUGGAAAAAGGUAAGUUUAACCCCUUUUCCCCUUUCCAGAGCCAGGUGGGAGGGGGACCCUGAGGGUGGGGGCACCCUCAGGGCACUAUAGUGCCAGGAAAACGAGUAUGUUUUCCUGGCACUAUAGUGAUCCUUUAAAAUGAGAGGGUCGUGAGAUUAAGUGGUCUGAGUGCCUAUAGUGUUAGUUUAAUUCAAUAAUAAUUUGGUCAAUAUACAUGUUGAUGAAGAUAGUGUAUAAAGGGGUAUUAGUAAAAAAAAAAAGUUCAUGUUAAAUACAGUUCAAACAGGAUUCUUAGUCGCCAUAUUUUGUCUGAUAGACAUGUUUUGAGAAUUUUUUAAAUGUAGGUGUCAGGCAGAUACACACAUUUAAUAUCCAAUCAAUUUUCUGAUGUAUUUUGGUAUUUAAAGACAUACCUUUGGAAAAUUCAUUCUAUGGGUUGAAUUAAAGUCAGCACUACCCUGCAGAGUAUUGUUAUGUAAGUGUUCUAUCAUUAUCUUUAGAACCUCUUACACAACAUGUAAAAUAUACCCAAUAUGACCAUUACACAUGUGCAUUAGAAAAUAGUCGCCACACUGCAAACUCUGCUAUUUUGACCUAAAAAUUACAAUUCCCAGCAAUUCCUGGUUUAUUAAGUAACUUUGUAAGUUUUACAUUUCAGAAAUGCACACCAUAAUCUUUUCUUCUUAAGAGCAACUGAACACCAUAACUCUAACUACAUUAAUGUACAAUUUUGCUGAUUAUGCAUGCUUUUAUUACUGCUGCAAUCUUUGGCAUACAGCUUAUAUUUUAGCAAGUUAGCAAUCUAUUUUCUUCUAGGAUAAAAAAAAAUAUAUAUAUAUAUAUAUAUAUAUAUAUAUAUAAUCUUUUUAAUGGUACAUGUGCUGUUAUUUUACUUUUUUUACAUUUACUUGUUUUAAUUGCAUUCUUCUGCUUCCUACUUAAUUACAAUAUAUUGCCUGUAAGCUUCAAUGAGGCACAUUCAAAUAUACACAUAGUACUGUAAUACAUGGCUUUUCCAGGAAAGAAAACCUCAAGAUAAUAGUUCCCUGAUCAGAGUAGAACUGAUGUUUAGUAAUUUAAGAUCACACCAGGAGAUUGUGAUAAAUUUAAUUAGCAGAAUUGGUUGCAGUCAUUAAUGUACUCCCCUAAAUUGUGUCUAUUGAAAUACAUUUCAAAUCUAUUUAUUAUGUGAGUAUUGCUUUUUUAAAAAGUCAAUAAUGUAUUGAAUGUCACGUUCAGUUUCCGUUAAAAGUUACAUAUAGGGAAGUUGAAAUUAUGAGAAAUAAUGCAGUUUCUUCAGUGGCAAAACUAAUGUAGAAAGGGCACUGACACAAAAAAAAUAAAAAAUAUUUGAGACCCCCUCUAUCGCAAGGGUGGCCAAAAGGUAAAUCCUCAAUUGCCAUGCAACUUCCAUGAUGCUUUGCCAGCUGCGGGUCUAUUAUUUGUCUAUCCUUGCAGAGUUGCAUUUGUGAGCUUUUGUGUGUGUGUGUGUGUGUGUGUGUGUGUGUAAAUGCUAGGGAUGUAUUUAUAUUUACUAUUGCCAUUUGAAUACAUGGAUGUGUUUGUAUGUAGUGUUGGCGUUUGAGUGUAGGUAUACAUGUGUGUGUAGUGUUGAUGUCUGAAUGCAGGGUUGCGUUUGUGUGUAGUGUUGGCAUUUUCAUGCAAUUGUACAUUUGUGUGUAGAUUUGGGAUUUAAAUGCAGGGGUAUAUUCAUAUGUAAUGUUAGCAUUUGAAUGCAGUUGCACAUUUGUGUGUAGUGUUUAGAUUUGAAUACAGGGGUAUGCUUGUAUGCAGUGUUGACAUUUGACUGCAGGGGUGUAUUUGUUUAUAGUGUUGGUGUUUAAAUGCUGAGAUGCAUGGACAUGUACGCAUACAGUGCACAGAUAUACCGACACAUAUAGCAAUUCAGAGAUGGACACAUAUACACAAAUGUACACACACCGAUGCACAUUCAGGUAAACAAAUAUACACACCUUGACAUAAACACACACAAGUUAUAAUUUAUAAAUUUUUAGCUACCACCCAUGCUUCUAUACCUUUUUGGUAAAGGAGGGUGGAUAGCCUGGGGUCUAGAUCUGGCUGCAAGCUGAGGUUGAUGGGAAUCUGGUCCAGGUCUCUCCCCCUACUCUUUACACGUCCUCUGCCUCCCCACUUGGAUGAUAGAAAGUGACCUGACGUUACUUCCUACAAACAGGGGCCCAUCAAAGAUGCCCAUUGGGUGUCACUAAGUGUGUGGAACAGCAGGCCAUGUUAGUUCUGCCGGUGAGUUAGUUGCAGUGAUAAAAUUCAGACCAGGCCUGUAAGUGAGGACUGUAGGUUUAGAGUAAUCAGUAGUAUGUAGAUCUGAGGUAAAUGGUAGGUACUGUCAAGCUUUGGUUAAACAAAAGUCUUGAUACUUAGCAGUCAUUCUAAAACAAUAAACAAAAGUAUUGAUACUUAGCAGUCAUUAAACAAUAUACAAAAGUCUUGAUACUUAGUCAUUCUAAAACAGACAGGAUGUUUCUUUGACAAACUAAGCAUCACACGUAUGCUACUUUCACAAUGGAAGAGCUACAUAUUAGCUACCACUGAUUUAUAUAAUAUUCAUUUAUUUGAUUAACCAUUAUAUACAAAUCUUAAGCUGCUCCAGUAAGAUAUUUUAUAUAUUCGAUUUGAUAAUGAGCAAUUUCUUAAAGGGGCACCCAGACUGUACUUUACUUUCAUAUUUGGUGCUUUAUAAAAAUAGUACAUUCAAAGUGUAAAAUAAAGUUUUUAUGUUUGAUAGCAGCUGCUGUCCAUGAGUGAAACUUCUACCAAUCCCAGACAGGAUAGUGUGACACCACUCAUUGCACAAUAUGCAAUGUUCCACAAAAAUGCCAUGUUAAAUAGGUUUCAUUGAGAUAACACGUUGAAGUUGUUGAAAGCUUACAGACUAAACUGGAAGUGGAUCCUUCUAAUUGGGAUUAUCCACUAAAUUUCCAGUUAUGGAGAAUUGACAAGGGAAGUUAAAAUAUGAAGUUUUUUAAAAAAGCAUUAAAAAAAAAAAAAUAUAUAUAUAUAUAUAUAUAUAUACAUUGUUUAAAGAGUACGCUAUGGUGUUAGGAGUGCCCUGCCAAUGUAAGUAGCCAAACAACUUUAGAACAGUUUUAUUUCUUACCUGUGGUCUGCUGGGUGUGGCCCCUGCCUCCACUGCUGCAGGAAGCUAAACCCUGCCAGCUGUGCAGCUCUCACAUCCUGCUGUGAGGAAACUGGUAAUGGUGCCCAGCAGAACCCACAGUAAGAACUAAGUACAUUGGUGGGCACCAGUGCACUCCUGGCAGCAUAACCACUACAGGAUGUGGUGUGGUGAUUAUAGUCUUUGGAGUGUUCGUUUAACCCCUUAAGGACGGUGGGAGUUCUAUGCCGUCCUUGGGGACCCGGAUCUAAAUGCUGUGGGGACCCACCUGGCAGCCCAGGCAGUCCCCCUGCGUCCAUUCCGGCACCCCUGGGCCAUGUGAUCGCGAGGUCCUUGGGUAGCAGAUGCUAAUUGCUGCUCUUUUCCUUACACAUCCAAGCACCAUAAACAAUACAGCACAUUAUAGUGAUUGUGGUGUCAGGAGUGCUAAGGCAUCCCCUCCCCCAUUGUAAGUAGUAGAGCCAUUAUAGAACAGUUUACUUCUUACUUGUGGUUUUCUGGGCACCUCAACAGAGAGUCAGAAUGUCCUGCUUAAGAGCUUCCCUUAGCUUUCCUUAGCCCUGUAGUUAAGGGCUAGCUCAUUGGCUGAGAGAGUCCUGUACUGAUAAGAAGAAAGAUAUAUAAGGGGGGUGCACAUAAGAUUUAAAGAAAAUAUUUGUAUACUUAAUAUAAGUGAAACACCUCCUGAUUGACCUACAAUAAAAACACAUACAUAGUGUAAUACUGUUAUGUAAAAAACAUUGGUCAUUCAAAGGUAUUGGGUCACUCGCAGUAUGCAGAGCCACAUAAAGCUGGCUCUGACUUCAGUGGCAGAUGAAUAAUUCGCUUAUUUUGGCUUUCAGCUUCCCAAACAGAUUUACUUCUUUUCCCAGCUUUUCAAUGAAUUCCAGGAUAUCCAGUAGUAAGGAACAUAUUGUAACUUUACUGGUUAAAAUACAGGAUACAGAAAAUAAGCUAAAAUAACAUAAAAAGUCCACAACACUAACGCGUUUCGACCUCCAGGUCUUUAUCAAACUGUGUGGUGAAUACUGAUCUUCUGUCUUUAAAUUUGGCGCCGUUUUGCCGGCGUCCGUCUUCAUUUCCGGGUUCUCCGUGUUUCCGUGUCUCAUGACCUCCCGUCCGAUCACAUGAUCAUACAUCGUGACAUCACUUCAGGGUUUACGGUCCUCACUUUGUGAACUCUGUAUACAUCUACAGUCCUGGCGUUUUCACCAUGUUUAAAGUGGGGGAAAAAAACCCUACAUACAGAAAAAGUCUAAAAAGAUCAGUCUAAUUUACAAACUAAAUCUUAUUGUUUCACUAUACUUAACCACAUAUAUGUACAUAGAUUAAAACAGCCAUAAAUUUGACUAGGAGUAUUUCAUAAUAUUUACACAUCUAUGUAAUAAUACUCAUCAUUCAUAAAAUUCAAAUUAAAACUAUAUAAAGAUUAUAUUACACAUAAUUAUACAUCUUAUAUAUCAAAUUACAUAGAUAAGAGGACAUGUUUACAUAAAAGAUGAUUUUUUAUAUUUUAACAUCUUUAUAAUAUGAGGAGGAUAAUCCCCUUAAAGGAAAAUAAACUUAUAAUGGGGAAUAGUUGGUAAUGCAUCAUCCCAUAUAAAAAUAUAAUAGAAAUAAUGCAAUUUAUAAACUUAUAUAUAAAGGAGGGAAAAAAAGGGACAUAAUGUAUCUGUAGAGGACAAGAAAAUAUUAGUUAAUUUUUAAAAAAUUAAUUAAAGGAGGUAAAAAAUAAAAAUAAAAUAUAGAAAAUAUAAAUUAUAAAAUAUGUUAUAUAUAAAAAUUAUAUAUAAAAAAGUUGUAUAUAAAAAAUGGAAACCCACAAUUGAAGUACCCAAUAAAAAUCGCAAAUAAAAUAAGAUAUAUAUAUAUAUAUAUCUGGGGGCCAUGUAACUGGAUAAAAUUAAAUUAAUGCUGACACCUCAAAAUCAACGUUCAGACCCCCAGGAGACAAAGUGUCCAAAUUAAAUAUCCACUUCCUCUCUUAGCGGCUCAACGCUGAUUGUAGGUCCCCCCCUCUCCAGUGAGUUUCCAUUUCUUGUAUCCCAAAGAACUGGAGUCCAGAGGGGUCUCCUCCAUGGCAUUUAAAAAAAAUGUAAUGAUACAUUGUGUUUUAAAAAACCCUCCUGAUAUUAUAAAUAUGCUCACGUAUCCUUGUUUUAAGGCACCUGGAUGUCUUCCCAAUAUAUUGUAGCCCACAAGAACACGUGAGCAUAUAAAUCAAAUUUUUUGAAUGACAGGAAAUAAAUGAGUCUAUCUUAUACAUCGGAUUCCCUGCCCUGGAUUUAAAAUUAACCACCUUUUUAUUAUGAUGUUUAUGGUUUCUACAACCCAUGCAAUCUCCACAAUAAAAGAAUCCUUUUUUAACAUCUUUAUAUAAUUCUAGAAAAUUAGUCUUGGGUAUAUCUAUAUAGCUUAUAGUAAGUAUAUUUUUCAGAGUCCUGCACUGUCGAGCUUGUUACAGGCAGGACGUUUUCAGAUCUUAUAAAACAGAUUUACUACUUCUAGUGGCGGGGGCACUACUAGAACAAUAGCUAGAGCAUGUUGUAGUGAUUAUGAUGUUUUGAGUAUUCCUUUAAUUCAGCCCCUACAAAGGUAAACCAGGAGAGGAGCUGGGUAGGAAAAGUCACACUGUCUCUGUCAGCCCAGGCUUUCUCCCAACAUAACAUUAACUGUAAAGAGGCUAAAAUAAUGGUGACUGAAGAAAACUGCAACUUCUACCCUGUAAUGUUACUCCAACUAAUCUCAGACAGAGCGGGAUAUAUAUUUUUUAAAACUGAAAUGGGCCAUAGGAUUUGAUUUGAGAGGAGUUUGUAAUUCAUGCAUGAUUUACUUUGUGAAUAUACUAAAAGGACACACUAGUGUCCUAUAAAUUAAAUCCCAAAGCCACCACUGUUAAUCCAGUUUACACUGUCCUAAAAGCUAAAAGGUGUUUAUUUACCACAUGCAUGAAUAAAAGUUAUCAUAAGAGAAUACAACUAGAACAUGCAAUCAUAUUCACCAUCUGCUCAUCUAAAUUGCUUUUGCUUAAUCCCUUCUGUGAAAGAUUGAAUAGCCAUCUCUUUUCAUUCCACAAACUGUUUCAUCUGUUCUUGCUAUUAACACAGAUAAAUAGAGAGACUGGUGGUGCUUAACGGCAUAUAGUUAAGAACACAUUUACAUUGUUCAUAAAAUAAAACAAAUUUUGUUGUUGAAAUUACACAACUACCUCUUUAAUGUGUUGUGAAUAUGUUUUACAUGAGGAAAUAAAGAACUUUAUAAUAGUGCAGGUUCUGUAAAGAAAAUGAUAUAUGACUGAACUUGUGAGGGAGAAGUUUCAAAUAUACAUUGUCCUAGCCAAUUAAUUAAUAUGUUUAGAUUGAAUUAAGUUUUAUCUUUUCUCUCAUGUCUUCAGCUUCUAACUGCAUACUGAUCAUUAUGCUAGUGAUCAUUUUUUUAUAGCACUUAGCACUUUACAAAAACAGUUGGUUAGUAGAUAUUUCUUUUGCCUGGUCGAAAUAGGUUUGUGUGAGGAAUGAGUAGUGCUACCGAGAUAAGUACACACUUACCACAGCAGCACUUUUGUUUUCCAGUGUGACAUCAUUGCCCCAUGAUGCUCUGACCAUAUUCAUGCAUUCAGCAUUUGCUAAGAUAUGACAUGACUGCAUACUAACUCAGGCAUUUCUUUCUAUAGUGCUUUACACAAGCAUGGCAACGUGAAGGUUACAUUUAAUUUGCACUCUGUGUUAGCUUGUCUGCUAUCAGGCAAUGCAGAAAUCUCAGUUUGGACACAUUUGCUUUAAAGUGGUUACUUCUUUGAACAUAUAUGCCUUUUAACCAUUUUCUACCAGCAGGUGGUACUAUUGACUGCUCAUGCUUUUAUAGAUUGUGUAUUUGUUUCCAUUUAUUGUAGACCCUAAGCUUUUCCUGUCAUUUUAAAACUAUGUUCAGUACAGUAAUUGAAUAAUGUAAUAAUUUCUUAAAUCAGUGCAAGCCAACAUGUAGAUCUCCAGUUGUUGUGGCGCUUCAAUUGUGGUGCCCACCCUGCCACAGACAUCUCUUAGCCAUACAAUGGAUUGUUCCCAAUACAGGCAUAACCCGCUUUACAUACACUCACGUUAAGUACACUGGCGAGUACAGACAUACCCGCGAGUGUACGUAAAGGUGCCUCGCGAGUACAGACAUUCCCGUGCCUCUUCUGUCCGCGAGUGAACAGGAAAUGGAAGGUUCUAUUCUCGCUCUGAGCAGCUCAGUUCAGUGUUUUUGGGGCAAGAACUUUUUACACCUUGUGACAUGGCACAGGUUAAUCAUCUUAAAUUUAUAAUGUCUACUCCUAGCUGAACAUAUAUAUUUUUUUUCUGCCCCUACAUUGUCCAUAUUCUGCAAUCGGCGCCAUCCAGUGAAAGGGUUUACCCUGCCAUUUUCUAUAACUAUGACUUAGUAGCUUAGCUGCAUUAGCCACAAUUCUGAGGAUUCAAAGUUAAACCAUAUAUGCUUAAAGUGAUGAAGAGGUGUUUCUAAACAAAGUGUGCAACUAAGCUGCUAACAAAUACAAAUUGGCACUGUAUUGACAGAAAAGGGCCCAGUGGGCAGGUUUAUUUUACUUUUCCUCCCAGUUUAAGUUUGUCAGAUGAGUAAAACAUUAAAGAUAAAUGGUACAAUCUGGAAUUAGAUAUUUUUUAUUUUUUUUUACUGUUUGUUUUAACUGAAUAAAAGCUCACUGGCACUGGAAAUCACUAAAUAAAUCACUGGGAAUAAAAUCACUGGAAAUCUGCAGUUGCAGUAUCCGUUAUGCCUGUAAAUUACUAUUGCAAUGCCGUACAUGCAUUCAGAAGUGGAAAAAGGGUAUUGCUUCACUUUGAGUACAUUUUUGUUUUACAUACAUGCUCUGGUCCCAUUGUGUACUUAAAAGUGGGGGAUGCCUGUAGAUUAAUUUUUGCUUUGAUAAUGUAGAAGUGUUACUAUUAAUUGGGGGUGUUGUCCCUUUGCUCUGGGAAGACCCUUGGCUUAUAUCAAACUGUUCUUUAAUGGUUGGAUCUUAAACCUGGAUAUGGUGCAGCGCUAGGGGAUUCUAGGCAACGUAAACACUAGUAAAGAACCACUAAUGUCACUUAAACCACUUCAUAUCAAUGAAGUAGUCUUGUUGCAGUGGUCCUCUAGUUUUACCCCUUUAAUGCAAAACAUUGUCAUUUUGUUAAAACGGCAAUGUCUGCAUUAAGGGGUUAAGCGUGUCUCUAGUGGCUGCCUUCCUGACAGCCACUCGAGAUGUAUCCACCUCUAUAGCCAAAUAAAACUCUGUUCUUCAAUUAAAUACUGUUUAUAGCUACAUUUGAUUAGAGGAGUUUUUGCCACGCAUGUCACUGGAAACAAGGUGAGUUAAAUAAUCUUCAAUUUCGCUGAGCAAAAGGUUGUGGACAGUGAUCUCAUCAAUAUAAGUGAUCAUAUAGUCCAACUAUAAUGAUGAUUUUCAAAAAUAUAGGUUUCCUUUAAGUAAAAUUAACCGCUUAUACCUACACUUCCAAUAUCAACAAGCAGAUCUAAUCUACUGGAGAGUGAUAGAGUAGCAAGUUUGAGCACUGUCAGAUAAAGCAAGCAUAGAUAUUAAACAAGGACAGGAGAUGGAGGUGUUUGGAUAGAUAUACCAAUGAAGUGCAGCAGGAAAUUAAUCUGAAACAUGGUUGUAUCACCCUGAGAUGCUCAUGUGCAGAAUACUGUGUAGUAAUAUCUCAUAAUGAAGACUGGUCUGCAGUGGUGUUAUUGACGCACUAACAAAAUUCAUCAUGUCACAUUUUGUUUAGUUUGUUGCAUAUUUCCCAAACAUUGUCAACAUAUCAGUAAUUAAAUAUUUGUCUCAAGCACCAAGCUUAUAGAGUCUUAAAUAAGAAAUGUAAUACUCUCAUUUUCACCGUCCCCACAGGAAUCUAAGCUAACGCACUGCCAAGGAUCCCAGUGCUUGCUCAACUUCUUAGUCUAUGUAAACCAACAGACUAUCAAAUUCAAGGGGGGUCAAUUGCCCCUUUAACCAAUCUCAAUGUUAUAUUUGAACCCUUUCCAAAGUAAGUAAAUCUAGGAAUGCUGCUAAAACAGCAUAUGUCUUAAAGAAAAUAUUUAUGACUGUAAUUCCUAUAAACUGAAAGAGAAGAUGGAUUCUCAUGAGAGCCGUAGUGCUUAAUAUACUAAGGGCAGUGACCAGGACGUGCACGUCCUGGAGCACUUGUGUAAUUUUCCUUUCACUAAAUACUGAUUUAGAUAAGAGGGAAGUGUUUAUCCAUAAUAAUGCUAUCUGCAGUGUAACUAUCCUUAAUGGCUAGGGGAGUCCAAUGAUAGUCUUACAUAAUUUUGUUAAUGAUGCAUUUCAACCUACCUUAUAAGUAAGAAUUUUUGCCAUCUGAAUUUUCAUGCAUCAAAAUCUAACCUAUGAUCCAGAUAGGCUUAUAAAUGAAUAUUGAAUCCUUUUAAAGGGUUACUCCAAGGAACAUGACCACUUCAGUAUUUUGAAGUGGUCAUGGUGCUUGGUGUCUGUUUGUGCAGUGUUUCAGUAUGAAACACUGAACAGCCGACAUGUUUUUUUUAUUUCUGCCAGAGGUGUAACUGUACAAUGCUGAGUGAAUACUAAAUGUGGUAUGGUUAUGUAGAUUUUUCUAUUUCAUAAUGUUAAAGGAGCCUAUUUAGGCCCUGACGCAUGACCAGGCCCUUUAUUAGAGUAUGGGCUUUAAUGACCUGAUGUUGGCUCAUUUUGGGUAUUACACCCACUAACCUGACGUGAUCUUGGUACUGGAGAGUAGGUACGCACUUAAAGGACCACUAUAGGCACCCAGACCACUUCAGCUCAAUGAAGUGGUCUGGGUGCCAGGUCCAUCUAGGAUUAACCCUGCCUGCUGUAAACAUAGCAGUUUCAGAGAAACUGCUAUGUUUACAUUAGGGUUAAUCCAGACUCUAGUGGCUGUCUCAUUGACAGCCGCUAGAGGCGCUUCCGCGCUUCUCACUGUGAUUUUCACAGUGAGAAGUCGCCAGUGUCCAUAGGAAAGCAUUGAGAAUGUUUUCCUAUGGACUGGCUGAAUGCGCACGUGGCUCUUGCCGCGCAUGCGCAUUCAUCCGGUGACGGCCAAAGGAGGAGGAGAGUCCCCAGCGCUGAGGGAGCCCAGCGCUGGAGAAAGGUGAGUGUUUAACCCCCUUCCUCUCCAUUCAGCCCUGCAGGAGUGGGACCCUGAGGGUGGGGGCACCCUCAGGGCACUAUAGUGCCAGGAAGACGAGUUUGUUUUCCUGGCACUAUAGUGGUCCUUUAAGUGACAUUACAGCCACCAACACCUACUAUGCAUUUUAGAGCAUUUUGCUUAAAAGGACACUAUUGGCAUCAAAACAACUUUAGCUUACUGAAGCAGUUUGGGUGUGUAGCUCAUGCCCUUGCAGUCCCACUGCUCAAGCCUCUGCCAUUUAGAAGUUGUAUAGUUUAAUUACACACAGGGGUUUCCACCAAGGUCUUGAAUGCUGUUAUCAGAGCAGAAGAUAAGAAAUAUAAAAUUAAACAGAAUUUGCAAUAAUGGAAGUGUAAACAUUAGAUGACUCUUUAACCCAUUCAGGAUGGAGUCAAUAGUACACGUUCUGAUCAAAACAAAAUGUAAACAAAAACUGGAAUUUGCGCUAUAUGUCUGUUCAACCGUAAUUCACCUCUUUCAUAUUAUAUGCACCCACACUUAUUAUAUAUCAUUUUGUUCAGGAGAAACAGGGCUUUCAUUUCAUAUCAAAUAUUUAUAUAUGAAACAUAAUUUAUUAUGAAUAAAAUCAAAAAAACUGUGAGAAAUUAUAAUUUAUUAUUUUUUAAAUUGUAGUUCCGCCUCACAUUUUAGCUGUAAAUGUCGUAAUACUGUUAGCUUUUACUGCAAAAAAACACAUAUUUGGAUUCAGCAAAGUCUCAUGAGUACAACAGUAACCCACAUUAACAGUUCUUACGGUGUUGUGAAAAGUUAAAGGGUCAAAUAUAGCAUAUUUCAUUUUUCAGUUUUUCACAUUGAAAUUUGCCAGAUUAGUAAUGUUACCUUUGAGACCGUGUGGUAGCCCAGGAAUGAGAUUUACCCCCAUGAUGGCAUACCAUUUGCAAAAGUAGACUACCCAAGGUAUUGCAGGUGGGGUAUGUCCAGUCUUUUGUAGCAGCCACUUAGUCACAAACACUGGCCAAAGUUAGCAUUCAUAUUUGUUUUUGUGUGAAAAAAGCAAAAAACUAAUAUUUGGCCAGUGUUUGUAGUGGCUACUAAAAAUGACUGGACAUACCCCGUUUGCAAUACCUUGGUUUUUUUACUUUUGCAAAUGGUAUGUCAUCAUGAGGGUAAUUCUUAUUCCUGGGCUAUCAUACGGUCUCAAAAGGCAACAUAACCCAUCUGGCAAAUUUUAAUGUGAAAAAAAAUGAAAUGCAAACAUUAUAUUUGACUCUCUAACUUUCCAAAACACCAGUUAAAUAUAGUGCUUGCAAUUCAAAUUCUCUGCACUUUUUGCCUGGGUUGUCAGGCAUGUCAAUCAAAUUUUAACUAAUUAAAUCACAUAAUUAUGUUAAAAUAUUACUUAAAUAUACACGUAGAAUUUUAAUAUAUAUACAUAUAUAUAUGUAUUUAAAGUCUACGUGUACACUUUUGUAGUUAUUUAUGUAAGUAUAUAUAUUUAUCUGUAUAUAUAUAUAUUUGCGGUUAUUUGUAUUUUAUAUAUAGAAUGUCACUCUAAGUGUAUUUUGUUACCAAUAUAUAUAUAUUAAUAACAAAAUACAGUUAGAAUGAAAUUACAUAUGUAUAUAUAAUUUAUUUAAAUUUAAAAAAAUAUAUUUUAUUUAUUUAUUAUUGUAAUUAUACAUGUGUAUAUAUAAAUAUAAAAUAUAUAUAGAUGUAUUAUAUAUAAUAUAUAUAUAUAUAUAUAUAUAUAUAUAUAUAUCUUAUGUAUAUGCAACGUCAUUCUAAGUGUAUUUUAAUACUAAUAUAUGUCCUUAUAUUAAUAUUAAAAUACAUUACGUAUGACGUUACAUAUAUAUGAUGUAUAUAUAUUAUAUUUAUAAUAUAUAUAUUUUAUAUUUAUAUAUAAAUACAUUUAAUUUAUUUUAAAACAUGUUCAUUCAUAUUUUUUUUUUACACUUCCCACCAGCAGGGGGACUGUCUGACAUUUCGGACAGUCCCCCUGCUGGCAGAUCCACAGCCAGGUAUAGGGGGCCAUGUGAUCGCUCUUUGAGAGCGAUCACAUGGCCCACGCGGGCCUGAUUUGCCGUGGGAGGGCUGCCUGGGCUGUCAGGCAGCCCUCCAGAAGAGGAUUGCGGCGGAGGUGAGUACCUCCGAGCUCCUGGGGCUGCAAGCCGUUACGGCGUUCUAUGCCGCCACAACGGCUUUAAAGCCCAUUUAAUGCGGGACGGCAUAGAAUGCCAUAACGGCGUUAAGGUAAGUGUUUAGGAGGGCUGUAGUCACAUGGAGGGAGGUGUGACUAGGGCUGCAUAUACAUAGGGAUUUAACUCCUAAGUGGCAAAUAAUUGAGCAGUGAGACUGUUAAAUCACUAUUGUUUCUGUCCAUGCAGGUCUAGCUGCACCUACCCUGGCUGUGACUGGCACAGCCUGCAUUAAAACAUGAUUUUAUUUGCAAUCUAGAGGCUAUUAACAGAGCAGGAGAUAAGAAAUUCUGAAUUAAACAGAAAGUUUAAACAUGAGAUCCCACCUUUCAGCAGGGCUUGACAAAUUUGCUUGGAAUCUAGAAGCCAGCAAAAAAAAGUUAGGAGCCAGCUUUUUCAAUGUCAAAAAUGCAAUUCUUAAAGGGACAUUAUAGUCACGAGAACCAUAAUGUAGUUGUUCUCAUGUCUAUCAUCUGUCCCUGCACACUUUUCAAUGUAAACCCUGCCUUUUCAGAGAAAAGGCAGUAUUUACAUUGCUGCCUAAUGGCUGUCACUCACAUAGCCUCUAGAGUGCAUCCUGGGUCAGUGCUGCACAGUGCGCGGCACCUACGUUUAGCGUCUCUACACCCUACGUGGAGGCGCUGAACGUUCUUUAUAGAGAUACAUUGAUUCAAUGCAUCUCUAUCAGGAGAUGCCGAUUCGGGCAGAGUGGCGUUUUCCCACACGUGCGCAAUAGCCUCCCAAUGCUUGGCUGAGACCAUCAAGAUUGAUGAUUACAGUCAUGGAGGCAGCGCCAGCUGCAGGAAGAUCAACACAGCGUGAGGGAAAAAGGUGAGUAAAAACCCCUUUCCCAUGUGAUUAAAGGGGGAACAGUCACCUAAACACACUCACUUGCUGACACAGACACACAUACACACACACUCGCUGACACACACACUCAUUCACUCACUGACACACUUACUCACUGACACACAUUCAUUGUCACUGCAAUAAUCACACACAUUUUGUCACACACAUUAAUGUGACCACUCAACCUCCCUACCUUUGGGAGAGCUGGAGUGCUUCGGCUUUCCCUGUGGUCCAGUGGUGCUUCAGUCACCUCCCUGCAGUGCUCCACCUGUUUAGUGAUGCUGGGGCCGGAAUGACGUCAUAUUCCGGCUCCCGGCAUCACUGGAGGGUGCGCAACGGAGCAGAGAAGGAAGGUUACAGCUCCAUUGCGCGCUUGGCCAUCUGCCUCAAACCUCCAGAAGUCUCCCGCCCGUGCGCACGCCAGCACUCUCACACAGAAGGCCGACCCCCUUCACUCAUGCCCAUGCUCUUUAUGAGCCUGCCCGCCUCCGCCUCCACUGGCAGGCGACCACCUGGGGGGCUGAAUGGGCCAGCAAAUCCCAGACACCAGGACAAAAAUCCUAGUCGCCACGGCAACCCGGCACCUGGGAUUUGUCGAGCCCUGCUUUACAUGAAAUGUUUAGGAAGGCUUUGUAAGUCACAUGCAGGGAAGUGACUAAGGCUGAAUAAAUAAAGUGGUUUAACUCCUAAAUGGCAGAGAAUAGAGCAGGAUUGGUAACUGUAGUGUUCCUUUAAGUAAUUACCUGGAUUUAACAUGCUCCAUUUUGUAUAUAUUUUUUCAAUUUUGACUUCCUUCUCUGCCACUGCUUCCAUAAUUAUUUCUUGCUGGUUACUGUAGUUUUUUGCUUGGAGAGAGUCACCCUCCCCCAUACUCAGUGUGAAGAUAAGCAGGCAGAUUUACAGAUUUCUCUUUGCAAAACGAGUUAAACUACUAGUUGCCUUUGUGCAUUUUAGCACUUGUAGUGCUGAGUUAAAGAUGUCAGAUGUUUAAGAUCUCUUAGACUGAUUGGCCACGCUACUUCUUGGAGUUGGCAAAGCUCAAGGCAGAUUAUGUAGUUUGUAGGGAAAUAACUUUAAGGAGUAUAUAAUAAUGUGUACAAUAUACAUUAUGUGUACAGUGCUUUGAAAUGAUCAAUUCCAGCUAAGAGUGCCCCUUUAAUUUAAUAACUACUCUUUAUAGAAAUAAAUGUAUAAUUUAUCUUUAUAAAACACUGUAGAUCCAUUGCUUAAGCAGAUGAUUUGUUUAAGUGAACAUGUCAGGUAUAGUGAUGUCCCGAACAGCUCGCCGCGAUGGGUUAAAGGACCACUAUAGUGCCAGGAAAACAUAUUCGUUUUCCUGGCACUAUAGUGCUCUGAGGGUGCCCUCACCCUCAGGGUCCCCCUCCCGCCCGGCUCUGGAAAGGGGAAAGGGGUUAAAACUUACCUUUUUCCAGCGCUGGGCGGAGAACUCUCCUCCUCCGAUCCUCCUCUUCUCCUCCCAUGCAUCUGAAUGCGCACGCGCGGCAAGAGCUGCGCGCGCCUUCAGCCGGUCACAUAGGAAAGCAUUCAUAAUGCUUUCCUAUGGACGCUGGCGUGCUCUCACUGUGAAAAUCACAGUGAGAAGCACGCAAGCGCUUCUAGUGGCUGUCAAUGAGACAGCCACUAGAGGAAAUAGGGGAAGGCUUAAUCCAUUCAUUAAACAUAGCAGUUUCUCUGAAACUGCUAUGUUUAUAAAAAAAUGGGUUAACCCUAGCUGGACCUGGCACCCAGACUACUUCAUUAAGCUGAAGGGGUCUGGGUGCCUAGAGUGGUCCUUUAAGCCUUCCCCUAUUUCCUCUAGUGGCUGUCUCAUUGACAGCCGCUAGAGGCGCUUGUGUGCUUCUCACUGUGAUUUUCACAGUGAGAGCACGCAAGCGUCCAUAGGAAAGCAUUAUGAAUGCUUUCCUAUGUGACCGAAUGCGCGCACAGUUCUUGCCGCGCGUGCUUCAGCCGAGGAGGAGGAGGAGGAUCAGAGGAGGAGAGCUCUCUCCGCCCAGCGCUGGAAAAAGGUAAGUUUUAAUCCCUUUCCCCUUUCCAGAGCCGGGCGGGAGGGGGUCCCUGAGGGUGGGGGCACCCUCAGGGCACUAUAGUGCCAGGAAAACGAGUAUGUUUUCCUGGCACUAUAGUGUUCCUUUAAAGUGAGAAUUGCUGGAAAUCCACAGUCAAUUCAGUGCAGAUUUCAAAGUUUAGACCUAAAUAGCUGAGUUAGAAACUUGUGUCAAUUUGAAAUUCACUUUAAAUUACUGGUAAUUCUCUCUUUAUGAAUAACUCUGUGUGAAAUAAUGUUUCCUUUUUUUACCACUUUCAUUGCAAUAUAUGCCCUAUUUGUGUCUGUGCUGAACAAAAUUGUGAUGUAGUUUGCUAAAACAUUAACAAUACAAAUACAAGUUCUAGGUGAUUUUCAACAUAGUACCUAGUGGUAUAGUUUUCUCUUUUAAAAGUUACAACCUGAACCAGAGAAUAUUUUAGAAAGGAAAAGGAAAUUAAAAUGUUAAACUGAGUAAUGUGGAAAUCAAAAGGCCAUAUUAUGAUAUCAGUAGGUUAUGUCAGUUUGGAUAACAUUUACAUUAUGCUAUUAUUCAAACACUUUCAGAAUGGAAUAUAGAUUAGUUAAGUGUUUUUGAUUAACCAGAACUUUACACUUGAUGUGAUAUCAAAGACACACACAAAAACAAAGCCCAAACAAACCUACACGUUUUAUAAUGAGGCACAGCACGGAUCAGUAAUGGAAGCUUACAUUAAAGGAACACUACAAAACUGUAUUCCUAAUGCUGUAUGCCCCUGUCAUCCGUGAGGACAACCAACAUCGUUUCAUGGUGUUAAAAUCCAUGGGAAGCCAGGAAGUUUCUCUGAAACUGCAGUUCUUUACAUUGCAAGGCAGUGCUGUAUUUUUGUUUAGUGCUGCCCGAGACAUGACUAAACUCUGGCACCAACGUAAUCUAAAUUUGCCCCACCCUUUCCUAUCAAGGCCACACCUCUUCAUGUUAAAUACCAACACACACUUUGACUGACAGACACACACCCUCACUGAUACAUGCACUGGCAUAUAUUCACUGACAGAUACAGUCAUUGGUAUUUGACACACACACUGUUUAACCAACACACACCUUCACUGACAGGCACACACUCUAAGAUACACAUACAUGGACACACCUUCUCACUGAUUUGACACACACACACACACACACACACAUUCUACUCACAGACACUUACACAAUGACUGACACAUGGAUACACUGACACACAUACAUUAACAGACACACACACACACACACACUGACAGGCACACACACACUAACAGACAUACACUGAUACUGGCACUCUCACACACAUUUUCUCACACAAUCACAAAUUAUUUGUUUUUUUAAUUUUUUUUAUUUUACUUUAUGUCCACACAGCCAUCCUACUUUUGCGAGAGCUGGAAUGGAUUUGUUCCCUCGGGUCCAGUGGGGCUCCUGGCUGGGUUACUGGAGUUUUGGGCUGGCUGCUUGUUUGCUGGACUGGCUUUUGAGUUCCCGGCUGGGCUGCUGUUGGGCUGGUAGGCGUGCAUUCGCAGCAAGGGAGCUGUAAUCUUUUAGCUCUGCUCCCUCGCUCAACACUUAGUGAUGAUGGGGCCAGAGUGAUGUAAUAUUCUGGCUCCUGGCAUCACAGGAAGGUGCGCAAGGAAGCAAAGCAAAAGGAGAAGAGGUCAGCACUCCCUCGCCACCCACCUGCAAUAGACAUGGUCUCCCGCCUCGGGGUGGUUCUAAGGUGGCCAGUUGGCCAGCUCUUGAACACCCAAGGACAUGAGGCGAGCAAGGCAUCUGCUGGCGCGUAGGGGGCCACCAGCCCUGGAAAGUGUCGCCCAAAGAAAAUGCCUUGUUAGCCUUGUGCUAAAUACAGUGCUGAUUGCAGGGUUAAAAAGACAGGGGCACUUCACCCAGACCAUUUCAAUGAGAUGAAGUGGUCUGGGUGCCUAUAGUGCAAGCAUGCCAAACUCGCGGGCCUCGAGUUUGCCAUGCUUACUAAGGCAGAGUAGGCACUUGCUCGCCACACAUUGCAGGUACCUACUCUCCCAAAAUUACCUGGUUUAUCACUAAACUGCGUGCGUGAGGGAGCAGGAAGACUGAGCUGCCGAGAGAAGAUCAGGGAAAGGCCCCACACCAGCUCCCAAAGGUAGGGAGCAAUAAAUAAAAUUAUGUGAGUGUGUGCAAGAAUGUGUGUCUGUCAGUGUGAGUGUGUGUGUGUGUGUCUGUCUGUCACUGUGUGUGUGUCAUAGAGUGUGUGUGUGUGUGUCUGUGUGUCUUUCAGUGUGUGUCUGUCAGAGAGUGUGUGUGUUUCUGUCAGUGUGUGUUGGUCAGUGUUGCGAUGGCCGCGGCUGGACAGUGGAGGACCUGGAGGCACGCAAUACCACAUCACAUUCUGACGUGACGUCAAUGUGCUCCACCGUCACAGAUGAAGAGGAUACAGUUAAUUACAAUGUUAUUUUAUAAAUAGGAGGAAAUUGCUCUUCAAAUUUUAAUUCCAUUAGAAUGUCUAGAAGAAAAGCAUAGUGCUGUAAAUGCUAAUAAUUAGUAAUAGUCUAUAAAUGUUUAUAAAAUUCAUGGCAAAUAUAACCUCCUAUUCCCUUCAUACUAUGAGAAACCACCAUGCUCAACUCUGUAGUUACCAGCAACAGUUUGAUCUUGUGAGUACAGUCCAGAUGUUAGUUUUCCUCCUGCAAGUAAAGUGUGGCAUGGGAAAAAUAUUAAAUGCUGUAUUUAUGAUGUGAUGGAUAAUGAUGGCUAUUCUACACAUGGAUUUUGUAAUGGGUGCCUAGACAGACAUUCACAGGACACAACGGUUACAUCAGCGCUUUAAUUGUCCAUUAGACUUAAUAGCAGAAUGUCAUGGUAGAACCAUCAAGAUGGUUGUAUUACUGUACACUACAUUCUGUCACUGCACUCUUAGCUCAAAUCACUGGCAGAUCUAAUUACUAAGAAACUUGUGAAUACUUGCACCAUAGUCUGCACUGAUGUACCAUAUGUACAUAAACAUACAGUGGCGUACAUACCAGGGUCGCAGGGGUCGCGGCUGCGACCGGGCCCGUCCGCCCCUGCGACCCGGUAUGUACCCACAGGGCCAGCCUCUUCCCCUGGGGGGCCCAGGAGCCGACCACCCCAGGGCCCCCCGAGGCUGGCCCUGCUGUCACCCGGCGGGCGGGUGGCCGGUCGGGCAGGCAGGCGGGCGCGCGAGGGAGCACUCAGUGCUUCCUCUUCAGCUCCCUCGCGCACCGCACUGAUACCGGAGCCCGAAGAUGACGUCAUCUUACGGCGCCGGCAUCCCUGCGCGGUGCGCGAGGGAGCUCAAGAGGAAGCACUGAGUGCUCCCUCGCGCGCCCGCCUGCCUGCCCGUCCGGCCACCCGCCCAGGAGCCCAGCAGCACCACUGGACCCCAAGGAAUCCCCCCAGCACUCCAAAAGGUAAGGAGGCUGUGUGUUUGUGUGUUAGUAUAUGUGUGUUAGUUUGUGUGUUAGUGUGUGUGUGUGUUAGUGUUAGUGUAUGUGUGUGUGUUAGUGUAUGUGUGUGUGCUAGUGUAUGUGUGUUAGUAUGUGUGUGUGCUAGUGUAUGUGUGUUAGUAUAUGUGUGUGUGUUAGUGUAUGUGUGUGUAUGUGUGUGUUAGUGUGUGUGUGUCUGCUAGUGAGUGUGUUACUGUGUGUGUCUGUUACUGUGUGUGUUUGUCUGUUAGUGAGUGUGUGUUUGUCAGUGAAAGUGUAAGUGAGUGUGUAUGUAUGUCAGUAAAUGUGUGUGUCUGUUAGCUAGCGUGUAUGCAUCUGUUCGUGAGAAUGUGUGUGUGUGUGUCUUCAGCAUUUACCUUUCUCCAGCGUCGGACUCCCUUGGCGCUGGGGAUCCCUCCGCCUCUCAGCUCCGAAUGCACAUGCGCGGCAAGAGGCGCACGCGCGCAUUUGAACCGCCCAUAGGAAAGCAUUACUCAAUGCUUUCCUAUGGACGUUCAGUGUCUUCUCACUGUGAUUUUCACAGUGAGAAUCGCGGAAGCUCCUCUCGCAACUGUCAAUGAGACAGCCCCCAGAGGCUGGAUUAACCCUCAGUGAAACAUAGCUGUUUCUCUGAAACUGCUAUGUUUUCAGCUGCAGGGUUAAAACUAGAGGGACCUGGCACCCAGACCACUUCAUUGAGCUGAUGUGAUCUGGGUGUCUGUAGUGGUCCUUUAAGUGUGUGUGCAUACCGCGGUCGCGGGGUCGCCAUGUGUUGUGGCCCCGACCCACGCCGAGUAAGCACGGGGGGAGGGCCCACGGAUCAAUUUUCGCACCUGGGCCCCAUGGGUCAUGUGUACGCCACUGUAAACAUACCAUACCAUAAGUACAUAUAUCUCUGCCAAUGGAUGAGGCUUGUUGGGUACACUGGCCCCCCAAUGUAAUAUGUAGACCCACCCACUGCCCACUAGUGGGUCCAGGGAGAACAUUGGGAUGUUCCUCAGCCGUUGUUAUUUUUUUGUUUUGUUUUGUUUAAUCAUUCCUACCCACUGGCCCCGAGUUUAAGUAUGAUUGAAGGGGAUAGACCGUGAUAUCCAAGCUUCCUUUUGCAAGCUUUCUUCCAGCGCUGCCUGCAACAAUAGAAGCUCAUUUUUUAUGUCAUAAUUAUUGUGCAGAAUUAGGCAAUAAAGAACAGAGUCACCAAUGCCGUUGGUGUCACUUGUGUUUCAAGCAUUUCAAGCAGAAACAGUGCACAUUUUGAUUCCUUUCUCCAUGCUACUUCUAAAAGCAAAGGUGGUCAUGGAGACUGAAGUAACACUUUCAAAUAUAAAACAAAAUGCAAAAAAAUAAUGUGUGGGGUGCUCAAUAUAACCAAACAGUUUCUUGACGAGUAGCCCAUACCCCAGCUUUCACCCCAUGUCCAGAAGGGUGAAGGACAAUGGACAUGCCCAGUAUUGUGGCCCUGUGUAUGUCCUAACCUCUACUGCAGUGGCUAUGGGACUUCAAGCCCACAUGCCAAAAUAGGUCCUUACCUACAUCCUCACUCUAAUAUUAGUUAGAAAGGACUACAAAUAACCUAAAAUAAAAAAUAAGGUUAAAAAAAAUGUAAUUUGAAGACUUGAUAGACGGUCUUCUUUCUUCAAACCACUUUCUAAAUAAAAUAAAAUAAAAAACAGACUCACAAAAACUGCUGGAAAUCUUAAAAACAGUGAAACAAUAAAAAUAAAAUCUAUGCAAGCCUAUCGAUAGCUGAGCCCAACAAUAUACUGGACAAGUCUUCAGAAAAGAUAAACUUGCCCAUCAGACCAAUAGUAGUGCCGCUAAUGAGCUUUCAUGGCUUUGGAAGGCUUUUCCUGACUUGAAUGCUCAAACUGUGCAGAGUCCUUGAUAUGCUCUUGUGAUUUUCCACCGCUUUUUGUAAAUUGGUAGUGUUUUUUUUUUUUAUCUAUCUAAUACAAUUUUAUUUGGGUUAUGUUUUUUAUUUGGUCAUUUUUAUCAUAGAAAUAAUAAGUAAUUUUUCUUCACAAGAUUGGAUAUUUGAGGGGGUUGCAGAUGAGUAAGUAGGGGAAUAAUUUGGGAGUUGUCUAAUGGCUUGAUUGGGCCAUAUUUAUCUUCUGACUCAGUAAGGGUAAUAGUCAACUUAAAGAGAGUAUAUUUCACAUGUCAGCAAUGACCUCUAGUGCUUGUUAUGCUAAAGUUUUAUCUUUAGCUCAAUUCUUAAAUUGAGUUGCCUUAAUAUUUUGCUUUUUUGAAAAAAGAAAAAAAAAUCAGCUGUCAGCCCAACUUAAAUAAAUAUAGACUAACGUUAUCUCAAUAAAACCAUUCCAUACUUAAUGUGGUAUACAGAUAACCAGGCACUCAGGCUUAUCUUCAGGGAAUUUAACACAAUAGAAUCAACUUUCAGAUCACAAUGAAGCUUUGCCAAGUUCUCUAGCCUCCAGAGAAUAAUAAGUCCAAAGAAUAAUAUGAAUUGCAGAAAUCUGUUUUUUAAUGUUUUUUAUUAAGGGGGACACUAUAUUUACCAGAAUAACUACAGCUUAAUGUACUUGUUCAUGUGAGUAUAUUAUGUCUCUGCAGGCUUUUUGAUGUCAACACAGCAUUUUCAGAGAAAAGGCAGUGUUUACAUUGCUGCCUUGGGACACUUCUAGUGGCAGUCACUCAGACGGCCACUAGAGAUGCUACUUGGGUGCAGCACUGACGAUCAGUGUCUCCACACUCUGCAUGGAGACGCUAAACAUUUCUCAUAAAGAUGCAUUGAGUCAAUGUAUCUCUGUGAGAAGAUGCUGAAUGAACAGGGUGUUGUUUGGCUCCGCCUUGCCUCCUUGGCUGAGGACAUCACAAUUGAUGAUCUCAGCCAAUCCAGUGCUUUCCUAUGGGAGGCAGACCAGGGGCAGGGCCAGCACCGGCGGACCUGCACAAUGCUAGAAAAAAAGCUACGUUUUGUCUACUUUUUAAGGAGGUGCUAACAUGCUUUUUUAAAAACUAUAAUGUUUCUUUAACAACUUAAACACUUCAAUACAGUAUAAAACAGAGGGAUUAGCUAUUGUGUGAAAAUGCAGUUCACUAAUCUCAUGUAGAUUGCUGUUGUUACCUUUUGAGAAGUAAUGUAUUCGGUCCUUCAAAUGUUAUCUGAUAUUUGAAUACAGCCAAAUCUUUGACCCUUGUCCUCUGCAAGGGUGCAUCUCCUCCAUUGCUCCAACUGUGGAUAGUGUUUGGUGCACUUUAGGCCUUAGAAAGGGCUUACAACCUCUUUAUACCAUAUAGAUGACAGCUAUUAUUCAAUACAGUGAACCUGGGUAAAGUAAACCUCCAGACAACCCCCUCACACUCUCCAAUAUGACCUUGAGUGGGCACAGGAUUCUGGCUAGACUGGCAUGCUGUGUACGUCCGUACGUCCGUGGAUAUUUUGUUGUUUGUUUUUUUUGUUUUACCAAAACUUUCAUGCUAUGGAUUCAAAACUACUUUAAAUUGCUAAACCUUUUGUCACUUUGUUUUUUUCUCUGCAGGUACAGGUAUCAAAUGAAGAGGGGGAAAAAUCUUUUCUGUUACCUCCACAACCUACAAAGCAAUUUUUAAUCUCUCCUCCAGCAUCCCCUCCUGUUGGAUGGAAACAGAGUGAAGACCCGACUCCGGUUAUUAACUAUGAUCUCUUGUGUGCAGUUUCCAAACUUGGUCCAGGUAAAAGACUCUCCUGAUGCUGGUGUUAGUGUUAAUGUAAAUCACAUACAGCUGGAGACCAGAUAGUACAGGGAAACACAAAUAUUAGCUAAGCACGUUUAAUAACAAUUCUUUAUAUCUUUUUUUUUCUUCAAUGUUUGUUUAUUUAAAUUCAGGUUGAACAUACAGAAUACGCAGGCAAGAGAUAUUCCAGACAAAAGUACCCAAAUCCAUUUUUAGAUUUUUGAAAAACUCCUGGUGUAUACAGCACAGGAAACAAAGAGUACACAAAAAAAUUGCAAAGGUUGAGGGCUGGAUAAAAGAUAAAGCACGAAGGGAAUGGUACCUGUAGGGCUGAUAUCCUCUAUAACAACACGACCAACUUUUUUUCUCUAAUGCUAAGUAUGUUUAGGCUUUAUAGCAACCCUUGGGUUCGAGGUUUUAUUGUAGGUAUGUCAUUGUGUUUCUGACAUGGGUUGUGAGAUUAUUUAUCAAUCUGCUAUCAUCUAUCUGAACCUAUUAUGUCUUGCGCCCAAUGGACAGUGUUUUUUUUAACCAUCCAGGAGACCUGCCAUAAUGAUUGUAUUGUAGUAUUUCAGCAAAUAACAUGGAUACAAUUCUAAGGGUCUAGAUCAGGGGUGCCCAAAUGGUAGAUCCCCAGACGUUGCAGAACUACAACCCUCAAUUAUGUUUUUCAUGUCUUUAGAAUGACAAAGCAUCAUGGAAGUUGUUGUUUUAAACCAUCUGGGGAUCUACCUUUUAGGCACCCCUGUAGGUAAUAAAUACGUGGAUGGGUCUAGAUGUAAUGCCCUUUGGAAGAUCUUCUGUAACCCCUUUUAUAAAAUGGUAUAACCUGAGUUCAACACGUCCACCACGUAAGAAUGUACAGUAUGUGCGUAAGAAUGUACGGUAUGUGCUUAUCCUGUCGUGCUGUCUUCAGCAAAAGUUGGUAGAUGUUUAGCCUAUAUCAUGAAGAUUUAACAGUGUGGUGUUCUACUUUUAUUAUUAUUUGAAAAAUUUGUUUCUGUAGAUAGCCACCAACUGAUACUUUGGUGGCUGCUUCUCACAUUAACUCCCACAUAUCUCCUUCUUGUACCUGAUUUAAGUGAAAUUUUUUAGUGGUGCUUAUAAGUUAGAUGUUAAUCGUAAAAAGAGAAAACUUUUACUUUUAAGUUAAGACAUAUGUAAUGAGACCUUUUCGCAUAGUUCCCUGUUCAUACAGAUCACUGUUCCACUCAUUUCUGCCUGUCACCCUGUACCUCCCGCCCAAAUCCUCUUACCUUGUAACCAUCACAUUCCUCUCAUCUUGUGACCCCAACUUUGCUGUGUGUAUUAUAUAUAUUCACACCUUCAUACAUAUAUACACUGCUCAAAAAAAUUGGGAACACAAAAAUAACACAUCCUAGAUCUGAAUGAAUUAAAUAUUCUUCUGAAAUACUUUGUUCUUUACAUAGUUGAAUGUGCUGGCAACAAAAAUCACACAAAAAUUAAAAAAUGGAAAUCGCAUUUUUCAACCCAUGGAGGUCUGGAUUUGGAGUCACACUAAAGUGGAAAAACACACUACAGGCUGAUCCAACUUUGAUGUAAUGUCCUUAAAACAAGUCAAAAUGAGGCUCAGUAGUGUGUGUGACCUCCACGUGCCUGUAUGACCUCCCUACAACGCCUGUGCAUGCUCCUGAUGAGGUAGCGGUUGGUCUCCUGAGGGACCUCCUCCCAGACCUGGACUAAAGCAUCUGCCAACUCCUGGAAAGUCUGUGGUGCAAUGUAAUUGGUGGAUGGAGCGAGACAUGAUGUCCCAGAUGUGCUCAAUUGGAUUCAGAUCUGGGGAACGGACGGGCCAGUCCAUAGCAUCAAUACCUUCGUCUUGCAGGAACUGCUGACACACUCCAGCCACAUGAGGUCUAGCAUUGUCUUCCAUUAGGAGGAAUCGAGGGCCAACCACAUCAGCAUAUGGUCUCACAAGGGGUCUGAGGAUCUCAUCUCGGUACCUAAUGGCAGUCAGUCUACCUCUGGCGAGCACAUGGAGGGCUGUGCGGGACCCAAAAGAAAUGCCACCCGACACCAUUACUGACCCACUGCCAAACCGGUCAUGCUAGAGGAUGUUGCAGGCAACAGAACGUUCUCCACGGUGUCUGCAGACUCUGUUACGUGUUUAGUGUGAACCUGCUUUCAUCUGUGAAGAGCACAGGGCGCCAGUGGUGAAUUUGCCAAUCUUGGUGUUCUCUGGCAAAUGCCAAACGUUCUGCACGGUGUUGGGCUGUAAGCACAACCCCCACCUGUGGACGUCGGGCCCUCAUACCACCCUCAUGGAGUCUGUUUCUGACUGUUUGAGCAGACACAUACACAUUUGUGGCCUGCUGGAGGUAAUUUUGCAGGGCUCUGGCAGUGCUCCUCCUGUUCCUCCUUGCACAAAGGCGGAGGUAGCGGUCCUGCUGCUGGGUUGUUGUCCUCCUAUGGCCUCCUCCACGUCUCCUGAUGUACUGGCCUGUCUACUGGUAGUGCCUCCAUACUCUGGACACUUCGCUGACAGACACAGCAAACGUUCUUGCCACAGCUCGCAUUGAUGUGCCAUCCUGGAUGAGCUGCACUACCUGAGCCACUUGUGGGUGUGUUGUAGACUCUGUCUCAUGCUAGCACUAGAGUGAAAGCUGCGCCAGCAUUUAAAAGUGACCAAAACAUCAGCCAGGAAACAUAGGAACUGAGUGGUGGUCUGUGGUCACCACCUGCAUAACCACUACUUUAUUGGGGGUGUCUUGCUAAUUGUCUAUAAUUUCCACCUGUUGUCUAUCCCAUUUGCACAACAGCAUGUGAAAUUGAUUGUCACUCAGUGGACAGUUUGAUUUCACAGAAGUGUGAUUGACUUGGAGUUACAUUGUGUUUUUUAAGUGUUCCCUUUAUUUUUUUGAGCAGUGUAUAUAUAAUAUCUCAAGGAGGGUCCCAGGGCCUAAUUUUGCUCAAGGACCACGAUUGCUGUCAGUCUGUCACUCCACUGCUGAUUAUGAUCUUUUUUCUUCUUUUAGUUUUUAACUAUACUCUGAACUGACAAAAGAAUUGUAAACUAUAAGUCAGAAUGGCUGAUCUACAAAUUUGUAAUUGCCUGGUCAAUUCCUGACAAAUUUCAUUUUAAUUAAUAAUUUUGUGUGCUUGAAGAUGCCGUUUUACAUGUAUAAAAGGAACACUCCAAGCACCAUAACCACUACAGCUCACUGUGAGACUACACUGACUGCUUUUUAAGAAGUGAAACCACUUUUGGACAGUUUGACUUCCAACUGGUGUCCAAUUGGGCUGCUCCUCUCCUCCAUUACCAAUCGUUCCUAAUUAAAGGGACACUAUAGUCACCAAAACAACUUUAGCUUAAUUAAACAGUUUUGGUGUAUAGAUCAUGCCUCUUUAGUCUCAGUGCUCAAUUAUCUGCCAUUUAGGAGUUAAAUCACUUUGUUUAUUAACCCUUAUCACACCUCUCUGCAUGUAACUUGCACAGCCUUCCUAAACACUUCCUGUAAAGAGUCAUCUAAUGUUUAUCCUUCCUUUAUUGCAAGUUCUAUUUAAUUUAGAUUUUCUUAUCCCCCGGUGUAUUAAUAGCUUGCUAGACCCUGCAAGAGUCUCCUGUAUGUGAUUAAAGUUCAAUUUACAUAGCAAGAUAUAAAAUUGUUAAAGGUAAAUUACAUCUGAUUAAAAGUGAAAACUGUUUUUUUCAUGCAGGCUGUGUCAUUCAGAGUCUGGGGAGGUGUGGCAAGGGCUGCAUAAACAGAAAGAAAGUGAUUUGACUCCUAAAUGGCAGUGAAUUGAGCAGUGAAACCUGAGAGGCAUGAUCUGUAUACUAAAACUGCUUCAUUAGGCUAAAGUUGUUUAGGUGACUAUAGUGUUCCUUUAAGAAGUUCCAUUAGCUGUGCAAUGCAGGGCAUAACUCAUUGGCUGAGAGAGUCAGCCAGUGGGGAGGUGCAAUGAAACUCCUCGCACCAUGACUACUUCUUGGAGGGUUCCUUUAAAUUCUAGUGGUGUGAACGAAGAAGGUCCAGGCACUCCAAUAGUUUAAUGCUUGUUUUUUGGAACCAGCAGAACAAUACCGCAACUUUUUGACCCUGAAUAGACCCUAUUCAGGGUCAAAACAUUAACCCCUUAAAACCGGAGGACGUACAAUUACGCCCUCUAAUAGGCGGCUCUAAACGCCGCCGGGCGUAAUUGUACGCCCUCCGGUUUUUGUUAACUUACCCGGUCGCCGGCGGUCCCACGCCGGCGAUCGCGGUUGGGGGGACUCCCAGGGACCCCCCCGCGGCACGUCCGUCCUCGUCGAAGCCCCCCGGCCAUGUGAGAGUGGGGUCCUAGCGAGGACCCCACAAUCACAUGGCCGGGGAUAGCUGGCUUAUGUAUUGCCAGCAGGGGGGCUGCCUGUAAUGCUGGCUGAAAAUAAAAUAAAAAAAGUUAAUCAGUGUAAAAAAUAAAUAAUAUAUACUUAGAUCAUAUGUAUAUAUUAUAUAUAUAUAUGAUCUAAGUAUAUAUAUACACAUAUACAUACACACACAUACACCGUCUAGGUGUAUUUUACUAUUAAUAUAUAUAUAAUUAUAUAUAUAUAUAAAUAUCAAAUUACACGUAGACUGAUACUGAUUAAAUAUAUAUAUAAUUAUUGUUAUAUAUAUAUUUAUAUAUAAUAUAAAAAAAAUAAAAAUGUAAAUACGUUAAAAAAUAAAAUUAAAAAAAUAAUUAAAAAUAAAUAAUUAAAAAAUAUAUAGAUGUGUGAUAUAUAUAUAUAGAUUUCGUUCUAACUGUUUUGUGAAAUUAAUAUAUAUAUAUAUAUAUAUAUAUAUAUAUAUCUCAAAAUACACGUAGAACGAAAUAAUAUAUAUAUCUAUAUACAUAAAUAUAUACGUAUAUAUCACUAUAUAUAUACCUAUAUAUAAAUAAAAAUAUUUAAAAAAAAUUAUAUAGAUAUAUACAUAUAUAUACACAUACGUAUAUAUAUACAUAUAUUAAUUCUACAUAUAUAUUUAUGUAAUAUUUUUACAUAAUUAGGUAUCUUAAUUAAUUACAAUUAGCAGGGACCUGCCUGACAACCCAUGCCGAAAGUAAAGGGAAUUUAAUUUGCUAGCACUAUAUUUAACCCUAUAACUUUCCAGACACCAUAAAACCUGUACAUGGGGGGUACUGUUCUACUCGGGAGACUUCGCUGAACACAAAUAUUAGUGUUUCAAAACAGUAAAAUGUAUUACAACGAUGAUAUCGCCAGUAAAAGUGAAGUUUUUUGCAUUUUUCACGCACAAACAGCAUUACACGGACAAUAUUAUUGCUGUGAUACUUUUUUUUUUUUUAAUUCUUUAUUUUUGUUGUGCAAAGAAGUUUGACAGAAAUGUCUGCAGUGCCACAGUAGCAGUAGCAGGCAAGAUUAGACAUCCAUUCAUUGAGAAGUUGCACAUUUUGCUAAAAUAACAUAUUAAUACAAAUUGUGUUGUUAGGUGAUUAAAAUUCAGAAACAGAGUAAAGUCAUAAACGGUUUUAUAACCUAGCGUCUUCGUGGUGCAUAACAAUAGAGCUACCCGUGGAAAUAAUAAGUCAGAAGCUGUGAUACUUUUUACUGUUUUGAAACACAAAUAUUUGUGUUCAGCGAAGUCUCCCGAGUACAACAGUACCCCUCAUGUACAGGUUUUAUGGUGUUUUCAAAAGUUACAGCGUCAAAUAUAAGGCUUGCAUUUCAGUUUUUUCACAUUAAAAUUCGCCAGAUUGGUUAUGUUGCCUUCGAGACCCUAUGGUAGCCCAAGAAUGAAAAUUACCCCUAUGAUGGCAUACCAUUUGCAAUAGUAGACAACCCAAGGUAUUGCAAACAGGGUAUGUCCAGUGUUUUUUAAUAGCCACUUAGUCACAAACACUGGCCAAAAUUGGCAUUUUUUGCAUUUUUCACACAAACAGAUACGAACGCUAGGCAACGUAACCAAUCUGGCAAAUUUCAAUUUCAAAUGUAACGUGCUAUAUUUGACCCUGUAACUUCCCAAAACACCAUAAAACCUGUACAUAGGGGGUACUGUCUUACACGUGAGACUUUACUGAAUAUAAAUAUGUGUAUUUUAUUGCAGUAAAAGCAAACAGUAUUAUGACAUUGACCGUUAAAAUGUCAUGUAGAACUAAAAAAAUCCAAAAAAAAACGUAUUUUCUCCCAUUUUUUUCAUAUUAAAUUAUGUUUCAUAGCUAAAUAUUUGAUAUUAAAUGAAAGCCCUGUUUCCCCUGAAUAAAAUGAUAUAUAAUAAGGGUGGGUGCAUUUACUAUGAAAGAGGUGUAUUACGGUUGGACAGACAUGUAGCGCAAAUGCCAGGUUUUGUUUACAUUUUGUUUUGUUCACAAUGUGUACAUUUGGCUCCGUCCUUAAGGGGUUAAUGUGUUGCUCUGCUGGUCCCAGUAAAAGUGCCCCAAAGCAUUGGACUGCCUGAACCUUCUUCUUUCACACUUAUGUUCUGAUGGGCAAAUGCUGGCACAUGGUCUAGCUAAGCACCUUGUGGAUGCUUGUGGAUUGAGUGCAAUUCCUAUUACCUAUGUGUGAAAUUCUAGAGGUGGUCAGAAAUCUUACAGCUAUCCUAUUGACCACAUGUCUUGUGCAAUGCAUGUUUAAAGAAAAAAAUAUGAGCUCCAUCAGAUUCUGCAAUUAACAUGCUGUUGAAAAGACCUGUGGCUAUUAACCUUUCUGUGUUUUGUUCUCAGGUGAAAAGUAUGAACUGCAUGCAGGGACGGAAUCCACACCCAGUGUGGUGGUACACGUGUGUGAGAGUGAGACCGAAGAAGAAGAGGAGGAAAUCAAGGGACCCAAACAAAAAAUAGUGCAGACAAAACGUCCUUCACACCCUCCAGCCAUUUUAAAUUAGUGCAAAGCUUUUUAUUUAUCAAUUAAAAAAAAGAGUUCAAAAAGCAUAUCUUCAAAGGGAAAUGUAGACUCACAGUUCACAUACUGUAUAUAGCUACAGACAAUCUAGGUCAUAUUAUCAGAAGUGGUAUAAAUGCUGUAUUUAUUUUUAUGGAGUUUUGUGUUUUUAAUUUUCUAAUCUUUAUCUGUGUUACACUUUCAGUGUUUUUUAACUUACUUGCUGGUAGCAAAAGAGUUAACUUCAGUGGAUGUCUGAAUUUUUGUCUUUCUUACUACUGUUUAAAGUGGCAUUCCUGAGUAGCCAGGAAACGGAAUAUUGCCACUUACAGGUUUUAUAAUACAGAUCAUCAUUUUCAGUGUAUAUCUCUUCUCUAUUUUUCAUUUUGAUUGUAAAAAAAACACAUAAACAAAACAGCAUAAUCAUUUUAAGGCAAUUAGAGGAGCAAGUGUGGCAAACAAUGAGAACUGCUUAUGGUCUCUCACAGUCACUCAGAGAACAGAAGAACGGUGGAGUGAUUCUAUCUACAAAGCAGGGUGCACUAGUUAAAAAAAACAGAAAAACACUGUAAUUAUGUUAACAUAAAUAGUAAAUGCUAUGGUCUACUGUUUAGUGUGUUUAAGCCAUAUUUGGUGAAUGUCCAAAACUGUCUAGUGUUUGUAAGUAAAGAUUUGCACUGAGCGCACACCAUAUAAAUAAAGUAUAUAGAUUUUAUUCAUAUUUUAAGAAAGCCACCCUCCCCCCAAUAUAAGCAGGUAGUAUUUGUUUAAAACUAAGUAAUGGACUUGACCGAUUAGUUUCUGCGAUAAAUAUACCCAUCGGCCAUGAAUACAGAUUUUAUGAAUAAAUUGCAUACCCUUAUACAGUAGUGGCUAAUCUGAGCACAGCCGGUAUUUAUGAGCUACAUUUAUUUAUUAUUUUAUAUACAUUUAGACAAUGGCAAUCCACAGUGACAGAAUUAGCCACCAUUGCUUUAGCGUGCUUUUUUAAAAUAUUUUUUUUCCUUUUCAUAGUUUUACGUGUACUGGGCCACAAACGCUGUGCAAUAAGGAUUGUAUUGACCAAGGCUAUCUUACUGUUAGUCUGUGGGCCAGGUAUGGCCUGUAAGGGCUUCUUUUUAUUAUUUUCCAGCCUCCAGUUUUAUUUAUAAAGUUUGUUUUACAUCAUUCAAUAGGUUUUGACCCUUCUAUCCUUGACUGGAAUUCUGGUAGCAAUGUUUAGUUAAUAUGAUGUAAAUUAUUCUUAGUAUCAAUCCUGUUUUAAAACAUGUGAAACAGGUAAAAUGUAGAGACAGUUAUUUUUAUAUGGAGCUAUCACUCAUUGGUACUGAUAAACGUAAACAUGUAUUUAUAAAUGAAAAUAAGGAGAUAUGUUUCUAAUGAUGUAGGUGGUGCAAUGCAGCUGAAUCAUCCAAACCAGAAUCUCUCUUGUCGAGCAGCACCUAGAGUGGUCCUCGGGGGAGGCCACAUAUGGAAUGAAAAAUAAGGACAAAAUACAGACUAUAUAGUGUUGUAGAUUGAUGGAAUGUAAAAAUGGAAUCACAGAAGAAAUGCGCUCACAGUGUAUAGUGCUUCCACUAAGCUCUACUUAAAAUCGCCUGGGCAGUAUGAUCCCUGCCUGUGGAUAUCGUGUGAGCAUCUUGGUCCGAUGGAGGAUGAUCCGUGGUGUAUAAAAUACAAACAGUGCAGAUGCCAAUAUAGUGUCCUAUGCCAGUGGAUACAGCUGUUUAAAAAUAUAGAAAUGCGCUCCCAAUUAAUAGAGACCUUAAUUGGCUCCCGACAAAUGGCACGGAGUGGUAUAAUCCCUUCUCUGUAGUUAUAACUAGUGACAGUGGUUCUCACCGUAAUAAUAUGAAAAUAAAAAGAAUUAUAAUAUAGUGCUCGCCAUGUGAAGACGAGUGGAUAAAAUAAAUAGGAAAAAGAGAGGAGCAAAAACACAUUUUUGCUCAGUCCUCACAACGUAGGUAAUAUCUCCACCAAGGAUACAGUGUCUAGAUUUAAAGGAACAAACCAUGUGUUCCAGGAAGGGUUAAAAACUAUAUCACUUUAUUAAAAUAUAUAGUAAAUAUAAAAAGUACAAUAAAAUCACACAAACGCGUUUUGUCCAAUUGCAUGAGCUUUUUCAAAGUGAGGACUUUUUGCUCUUUUCUUGUGAGUACUUUUCCUAUUUAUUUUAUUCGCUCGUCCUUCGACAGAGAGCACUUUAUUAUAGUUCUUUUUAUUUUCAUAUUAUUGCUGUGAGGACCACUAUUACAAGCUAAAUCCAUAGAGUGGGGAUUAUACCACUCCAUGGCACUUGUCGGUAACCACUAACGGCUUUUUAAAAUGUGAGUGCAUUUCUAUAUUGUUAUACAAGCCAAAGCUGUAUCCACUGGCAUACUACAUUAUAUUGGCAUCUGCUCUGUUUGUAUUUUAUGCACCACGGACCAUCCUCCAUCGGAACAAGACGCCCACACCAUAUCCAUAGGAGGGGAUCAUGCCGCCAUCUUGCUUUUAAGUGGAAAUGAAAUGAAUAAGCAUAAAAAAGAGACUGUAUAGUGUAUAGAUUGAUGGAAUGUAAAAAAUAAAACAUUUACUUACAGUGUGUAGGGCAGGCAUAGGCAACCUUUGGCACUCCAGAUGUUGUGGACUACAUCCCCCAUAAUGCUCUUACACCAAUAAUGCUGGCAAAGCAUCAUGGGAGGUGUAGUCCAAAACAUCUGCAGUGCCGACGGUUGCCUAUGCCUGCCCUACACACUGUAAGUAAAUGUUUUAUUUUUUACAUUCCAUCAAUCUAUACAGUCUCUUUUUUAUGCUUAUUCAUUUCAUAUCGAGGACCAAUCUAGAUGCUGCUCCCUCCAUCUGUGUACAUGUGUUUAUUAAUCACAUAGCCUGCCACACACAUGAUUAGUAACUAUAAAAUAAACCAUGCAUGGAAUCUUUUAUUGGAUGGGAAAAUAGUAGGCAAUUGCCUGUUGUCUUAGAAGAGGCUGGAAUGGUAGAUGGAAAUAUUUUAGGGGUGUAUGUAAGUGUUGCUGCAUUUCAAACAGUCCAGUUUAACUAAGAUUGUGCAUUGUCAAACAAUAACUGCUAAAAUAAAGUGCAAUAGCUUACCAAAGUAGAAAAGUGACCUAAUUAAUAUUUAAAAAGAACAACUGUUUAUUACAAACCUUUGAAUUGCAUGAACACUUUGUGCUGUCCAUUACAUAGAUAUAGCGGGAUUUUAGAUAAAAUACUCAAUUUCUAUGUACAGUAGUUUUGUUCAUCUAAUAUGAUGUGUGCAUGAUUGUCAACUUUGGAAAGCAGAGGGAUGAGUGGGGUAAGUGCAGAGACUAUUACUGCUAAUGUGGAAUGUGGAUGCUUGCAAAGAGAAUGUUUGUUUGACAACCAGUUCACAUGUCUGCCACCCAGCAGGGUUACCCAUCUGAUGAGCAUUGGUGAAGCCCUAGACUAGAGUAUAUGAUAAAAUGCCUUGACGUUGUCCAGUGGAGCUGCAAAUACAGUUCAACUUGCACUCACACUGCACUCUACUCUACUGGGGAUACAAGAGAAAAAUGUGAUGUGAUGUUAGGACAGGGAACUAGUUAUGACUCUCCUUAUAGAUUCACUAUUGUAGUUAUUUUUGUGUGGUUAAAAGUACAUGUCGUGCCCAGCUUUAUUGCAUUUGAUAGAUUUAUGCCUCACUAAUAUGCUUCAUUUUUUUUCAUGCUCAAAACUGACUGUCCCACCAUAUCCAUGCCUCCUUAGCCACACCCCUUAGGCCAGAAAGUCUUCCUUGUCAAAUGUAAGCACACAGUGUCAGCCACGCCAGCAUUGAGUGAGCUGCUUUUAAUUCACAACCUAGCUGCACACAGUCAGAAACUACAAGCAGGUAGUAAUAUCCUUACUAUAUGCUUUCCUGGGUGUCCUCUCCUCCUAAUGCAGGUUGCUUUGUAGUUCAGAUCACUUAGUGCUGUAAGUGGGUGAGCUUUUUGCACACAAUUAAUAAGGAAGUCUUUUUCUGGAGCAAGUGGGUGUGGCUAAAGAGGCAGGCAUAUGGUGCAGCAUUCUGCAACACAUUUUUAUGCAAAAACUAUAAUGAUUUGAGCAUGCAAAAAAACACAAAGAAAAUGCAUAUUAAUGGGGCAAAAGCAAUGCAAGUUGUAUUGGUGCCUGUACUGUCCCUUAAACAUUUAAGGAGCACAAUAGGGUCAGGAACACAAACGUAUUCCUGACCCUAUAGGGUUAAAACCACCAUCUAGCCCCCUGUCCCCCCUCAUGCCUCUCUAAAUAUAGUAAAAUCUUACUUGUAUUCAAGCCUGAAGCUGCUGGCUUUGUCCCUGUUUCCUUUAGACCUGCCUGCUGACAUCAGCAGAAGUGGUAGCCUGAUCCAAUCACAAUGCUUCCCCAUAGGAUUGGCUGAGACUGACAAACAGGCAGAUCAGGAGCAGAGCCAGCACAAUUCAAACACAGUCCUGGCCGAUCUGCAUCUCCUCAUAGAGAUACAUUGAAUCAAUGAAUCUCUUUGAGGUGCUUAUGUGUCUGAAUGCAGAGGGUGGCGACACUGAAUGUUUGGAUGCAUUUUAGGCAGCUAUGACCCAGGAAAGAUCUCUAACAGCCAUCUAAGGAGUGGCCAGUGAAGUUGGGCUGUAAUGUAAACACUGCAUUUUCUCUGAUAAGACAGUGUUUACAGCAAAAAGCCUGAAGGGAAUGAUUUUACUCACCAGAACAAAUUUAAUAAGCUGUAGUUAUUCUGGUGACUAUAGUGUCCCUUUAAUGUCUUAAUUUUUUUAUGCCGAAAAGAUUAUAUGGAUGACUUACAAAAUGUCUCCCACGCUAAUGUCAGUCCAGUUCAAUAUUCUAUCUUCAGUCAGCAAAAGUUACUAAGAGAAGUUAAGAAUGUUUUAAUUAGAUAAUCCAUUUCAUUGCGGUCUGCUGGUUGUCCUUUUGCAUAGUUAUUGGGUCAUUUGUUAUAUUAUACAACUAAAUACAGGCAAAAUUAAACAGAAACUACUAAAUGGAGUCAGGAUAACUCCUGACAAAUAUGUGGGGAGUCCCUCCUCCAUAGACGAGAAACUCUAAACGAACAUAUUAACAUCUUAGUGGGAGUCUGUCUCUAAUCCCCUCCCCUAAUUCUGAUGAGCAUUUGGCUUCACCAAUGGGAGUGAGUCAAUUGAAAGAUACUCCCACUCAACGUCUGAUACGAUCAGAUUGGAUGAUGGAGGUAGGAGGGAGGGCUCUAUGGCCUCAUUUAACCCCUUAAGGACCAAACUUCUGGAAUAAAAGGGAAUCAUGACAUGUCACACAUGGCGAUACUGCCCCUAAAUGCAUUGUUUUUAGACAAGCCCCUUUUUUUUUUUUUUUAUCCAACCAUCCCCUCCUCUACUUUGUUUGGAGCUGGGUACAUCGUGUCCACGCCAUAGUGAACCCUUUGAUUAAUAUGGUCUAAUUAAGGGAUGGACAAGAAUACCUAUACUUUGUAAACUGUGUAUCAAGUCCACUUAGCAACACUAUCUAAUUAGAACAACUAUGUAUCCAUUAGUGUGCGGUGGCUAACAGACUCAGUUUUACUGGAAGUUAGGUAUCAAUUCAAACGGGAUAUAGUGUAUAUCACUGUUUAUUGUUGAUAUGUCUGUCUGACCAUAUUCAGUUUAUUCCUUAGUUUUGGUUACAUUUUUUCCCAACCUCUACACACUACAGCCACUAAUUACUUAUACCUUGAUACUCUGGAGGUUACUGAACUAUUAAAUUACUCAAAUUUGAGAAUACUUAUAUUAGCUAUUAAAAUCCUCUUACUACUUGAAGUGGCCUUUGAGACUACUUUACCCAGAAUUUUAAAGGUGUAUUAUCACUCUGUUUAUUUACAAUGUCACAUUUGUUUGAGUUUUGUUUUUUUACAUAGAACCUACUGUUCUAGUUAGACUCUUUAUAUUUUAAUAUACUAAUAUUCGGCUUUAA